CCUUCCAAUCCAUCAAUUGCCACUGAGGCACAAGACCUUACUCUUGUGUGGAACUACACUCUUGGUGCUUCAGUUAUCUUGGGAAGAAUUUUCAUUAUUAGUGAUGGAAAAGAGGAUGAAAUUGCAAGAAGGGAGUUAAAUUCCCCCACUAAUGUGCAAGGGAAAUACAAACUACAAGGCCGAUUUUAUGCAAAUAUAUCAGACACUCAUGCUUGGCUAAGAAUUCUCCAAGUACAACAAUCAGAUGGUGGACAGUAUGCAUUUUCCCUUUUUAUACGUGGUUCUAGUGAUAAUCUCAGGAAUGAACUGGAGGUGGUUGUUUAUUGUAAGUACUAAAAGCUUGUUCAUAUGCAAACUUUGUUCUUUCAUUGUUUAAUAGUUUAUACGUAUGCCCAACUGUUUUGAUUAUAUUAUUGUUUUGAAAAGAAAGAUUGAAUAACAGGACUGUCAUUAAGGGCCCGGGGCCAGGGAUUUCCCCCAGCCUGGCUACUACGAGCCUAGCCCCCGGCUAAUUUCAUAGGAAAAUAGACGAAAAAUAGAACCAAAGGAAAUCCCUAGCUGUUAGAUUCCCUGCCUAUUAAUUUUGUUGUAUUUACAGUUGUACCCAGCAACUUAAAAUCUUAGUGGCAACUCUGCAAUAAUGUGGAUAUACAUGUACAUGUAAAAAAUCAAUGCAAGGUACUGCUUUAAACCUUUUACCAGGUGACUGUACCAAACAUUUCUGAAACUUCUAUGUUAUAGCCAGUCUUCUCUUGUUUAACAAAAACGGUCAACACUUGGACCUUGAAAAAACAAAAUGAAAUCGAUCAAAGAAGAAUUUUACAUAAAGCAUUCCUCUUACCAUAAAUUAUGUAUUAAUUUUUUCUUUGCCUCUACUUCUAUUUUUCCCCCUUUCAUUUUCCUUUACUUUUUUUGCCAGCAUAUCUAAUUUGUGGAACCCACAGAACGUAUGGAACCUACGGAAUCCUCUCUAAUGUACUUAAACCAGAUAAUACAUACCUGAAUAUUAUGGUUUAAAGGCCUCUCCAGGGUAUUUAGAUGUAUCAGUAUCUCUCUUACUGAUUUGUUGUGUCCUACAAAAAUGGUCACUCAGGUUUUGACAAUGGUCAUCAUUAAUUUUCUUGGGAAAGGUUACUGCGUUGGUCAUAGGUAGUAUAGUUCGCUCGCUAUAUUCUCAGCAUAAUUUAUUUUCUUGUUCCUCUUAUGAGAGUGCUGAUAAAUCCACGUUAUUUUAUGAUAGUACACGUAGAGAUCUUGAAACUGCUUUAAUGUUUCUAUAUCAAUAUUUGGAUUAAUGUGGUUGAAAUGGAAUAUAUCUUUUUUGGUCACCUGUAUUAGUGUAUCAGACUAUUUACAGGAUAUAUUAUGAUCCGUUUAACUUCUCUUGAAUCAUUAUUUUGUGACAUUGUUCGGAAUCAAAGUCGUAGAAGUUUGGGGAAUACAUUACUUUAUAGAUCACUGCGUCUUGUGGUGAUAUUCCAGAAGUUUCCCUACCACUUGGUAUACGAUUUGAGUGUUGUGUUAAAGGAAUAAUUAGAUAUUGCUGCUUUUGUAAUGCUGGCAUUACUAUUUUCAGCCAUCCAGAAAACAACUUUUUUACCAUUGAAGUCAUUUGUUAAAGGAAUGUGAGUUCGACCAGAAUUAGUUUCCAGAAAUAAUUUUUUGGUUGUAGUACCAUAUAUUAAUCUUGGUCUAUUAACAGAAUUUUUAACCUGGAAUUCAAUCAUAAAUCUUCUAUUUAGCCACAAUUGCAUGACAAUGCAUAUUGUGAAAUUUGGACUGUGUUAUAAUGUCAAACUUAGUGUCUGUCCUUGAAACCUUAGUCCACCAACAUUAACAUUGCUUAUCGUCCUUUGGGGGAAUGGUAAAUUAGGAUUUAUUCUUGUAAAUGUAAUACCUGAUGCUCCUAAUGUUAGUCUAUAGUUACUAACAUCACUGAAAUCAUAAAAAUGUCAUUAUUCAUGUCCAAAUCCAGAUUAUAGGAAACUUCUGUGGGUUUUAUAACAAAGGCACUAUGCUGAUCAUAUAAUCCUGGAUGUAUGGUAGUGAAUUCACCUUGCAAUCCAUAGGCUACAAUAUAAUUCUGUGAAAGUUUGAACCCAGGAGUCAUUUCAAAAGUAGGUUGAACUACAUGUAUCACUACCUACAGACGACAUUAUGGACCUACUCAACCUCUCUUUGACUUUGACGUGCUCUCAUUACAACAGCAAACACCACAGACAGUUACACGGUACGGCUAUGGGCUCUCCAGUUUCUGUUGUUGUAGCAGAAAUUGUCAUGCAAAACAUAGAGGAACAAGCCCUAGCUACCUACACACGAACUGUACCUCUUACGUUACGUUGACGACACAUUCACCGCUGUACAUAAAGACGGAAUCGACGAUUUUCACGAACAUCUUAACAGACAGAACGCGGACAUAUAGUUCACCAAGGAGAUCGUAGAAAAUGGUAAGAUACCUUUUCUAGACUGCUUGGUCAUUCGCGACAACGACAAACUAAAAUCGACUAUUUACAGAAAAUCGACACAUACUGACGGAUUACGAGACCAGUCUUCGUACAAUCCGACCUCUCACAAGGCUACUACUAUCCAGACUCUGACGAGACGAGUGCGACUAGUUUGCAACUCACCUGACAGCCUACAAGACGAGACUGAUUAUCUUAACAACGUUUUUAGUAAGAACAAUUGCAACACGGACUUUGUUAGAAGGAACUGCUUACUAAUGUCAAGGGCAAAGGCAAACCGGAGGACAGACAGGGAGCAGUAUACAAGAUCAAAUGCUGCGACUGCCAGGUUUCUUACAUUGGUGAAACCGGCAGAAAACUAAGCGCGCGACUGACCGAACACUAACGAGCGACAAGGAAUGGUGACGUCAACAAUCACAUUGCUGAGCACUAUUUACAGACGAAACAUCAAAUUGACUGGGACUCUGCGACAUGUGUUACUUUAGAAAGCUGGUUUACUAACUUAGAACAAAUGCCACUGAAUCGUGGCCAACAGUUACAAGCGCCGUACAAACGACUUAUUGACGAGAUCAAACUAACUACGAGAGAACGACUGGAGAACUGACAAUUUAACUAACAACAGACGACUGUUUAACUGUGACAAUAGACGGAUCGAAACGCACCAGUUACUGAUUACGAGUCUUCAUAGCCAAUAACAUCACGGCUUAAGGUGGCUCCGUAAUUAAUACAAGAGCAUUUAGCUGUGACAAAUUUUCCGUCAUAACUUUUUCGAUUUUAACCCGAUGGCUGCGAAACUUUGCAAAGAACAACAGAUAUCAUUCGGCAAUAAUACGAAAUAUUCCGAUUUCAUUGAUGGUAAAUAUUUCUUGAGAAAUUAGCGCUUAAAAGGACCCUAAUGUUCAAAGAAAAUCGCGUCUAGUAAAAAAUUUUGCUGAUAUUUUUUACUGAAAUUUCUGGUAUCGGCUUUAAUUGAUAUAAUAAAUAUGCCAGAGGAAUUUCAGAAAAAUCGUUGGAGCAGAAGUCCGUAACUAAAAGUCGCUCAAAAUUCAGCUGUGAAAUUGUUUUGGAAUUUCAAAAAUAAAUCACUAUCAGGAAGAAGGAGACACAGGUUUGAAUUUUCGGGACAAGUAAAUUCAGUGUUUGCUAAUUCUGAAAACAGAAGCCGAUUGAUAGAUAGAUAGAUAGAUAGAUAGAUAGAUUGAUAGAUAGAUAGAUAGAUAGAUAGCUUUAUUAAAAAUCCAUUGCAGCCCAAGGGCUGGAUUACGGACUGUACAAUACGUUGAAUACUAAGACUAACUAUUAUAAAUCAAUAACAGUAAAUAAAUAAAACAAAGGAACAAAGAUACUACGUCAUGAAAUUUAAGAAAAUAGCCGCGAAUUUACAAUAAAACCAUUAGAAAAUAGCCGCGUUAUGCAUGAUAAAACUAUUCAUUAGUCUAUUUGUUCUACAAAGAGGUACGUUAAAAGCGCGCUUUCUCCUUAAGGCUACAGUACUAAGAUUACGAGGCGGCAAAAGGCCAUGUAAUUUGUGGAGGCUGUUGUCCUUAAUCUCAUUGAAUAGGCGCUCUGUCAGCCAUUGGCGCCGUUGAUGGAGGGUGGAAAUAUUGCACUCUUUGAGAGCCUCUUGAUAGCCUAAAUCUGGGAAAAUAAUUCUAAGUGCACGGCGCUGAAUUUUCUCUAGCUCUUCAGAGAGAUACUCAGGCAGACCAUUGUGGAAAACUUGGCAGGCAUAUUCAGACAUGGGCCGGAUACACGUAGUAUAGAAACAAAGUAGCUGCGCGGGAUCUCCUUUUGCACGCUUAAGCUGCCUUAAUAGAUAUAGCCUAGAGGCUCCUUUUUUGAUAACAUUCUCUAUGUGAGCGUUCCACUUUAGAUUGUUUGAAAUUGUGAGACCAAGAAGUUUUGCGCUAGUUACAACCUCAAUUGGUUUGUUGUUAAUAGUAACUGCUUCGAAAGGAUCUACAGACCUUGAGAGACUUAUCUGCAACUCUUUACACUUGGUCUCAUUCAAUUGGAACUUAUCUAUUUCGGCUUGCCUAACUAGGUCGUCUACAGCAAAUUGGAUUCCACUUGGUUGGCCCUUGUGGACUGUCUCGGCCAUCGAUGUGUCAUCGAUGUGUCAUCGACGUACUUCCAAAGGUUGACGCCAUUGAUUGCCUAUCGUGCUAUUCUUUAAAAGAUAGUUUUCAGUUUUAGAAGCACUAUAAAUUGCUCCAAACUUUGCUCUGACGUCGAAUGACUUGUUCCUCGACAUUUUUAAAAUAUCCCUUGGUAGUUUUGGUUUAAACUCCUGCUACAUACAUUUUGAUGUAUUCCAAUGUAUCCUCAACGGCUUUUCCUGCUGUACGUUGUUUCCAAUUCAGGAAAAAGGUAUUGGGAUUGUAAGCUACCUUGUGUCGAAGCUCAGAUAGAACUGUCGAGCACCUUUGUUUAUGACCAGAAAAUGAGCACGAGCGGCAGCUCUGCGAGGAAUUCGCACCUCAGCCAGGGGGGACGAAUGACAAUGAUGCCCAUGUCUGUGAACCGAUCUGUAUAAACAUGUAUUGCAGAGCAAAACAUAAUAAUCAAGUCAGUGGUUUUAUAGUCCAGUCAAAUUGUGUUUUAGGAUCAAAGUAAUUGCAACAGAAUUUUUUUCAACGCCAUUGAAUUGUUGGAUGGCUAUUUAACAACAUAGUAAAAAUCCGCCAAAAUUGGCUCGGUGAAACAUGAGAAAAAUUGGCAAUAAAGAUUUUCAACUUCCACCACAGGAAACCCAAUUUCGGGAAGAUCACAAAUUCAGACAAAACAUCUGAUAAUUGUGUUCUUUUUACUGAAGAAUUUUCGAUAGAACAUCGCUAAUAUAUUUUGGGUAGUUUUGUUUUAAAAAACGCCGACUAAAUGUGUGAGAAACACGUGGAUUAGUGUUUCUUGAGAGCGUUGCACAGGUUACCCAGCCACUCGUCUGUCUUCACAUUCUGUUUUCCAACCUUUAAUUUUUUUUUUCUAUGACAGUAUUUAAAAUGGAAAUUAUUAGUCAGUCUUUGUUAACGUGGUUAAAAUAUUAGCAAUUGUUUUUUUUGCACAAUGUCAGAAAUGCAGUAAGUAUUUUAGCAGUUUUACAGGCUUGUAAUUCUUAUUAAUAUCCUGCAGCAUGAAUGCAAAUUUAGUGGCUGACUGAUGGUGAACAAUUUAAUUUGAUAUUUUGUUUUCUUCAGUCAGCUACUUAAUUUGAAUGCACGCUGCAAGACACGUGCGACUAAAUGUUUGCAACGGACGAUAGCUUUGUAUCUGUACAAACUGUUUAAUCUAUUCCCAUUUUCUGUAAUCGAGUUUUGUGAGGUAAAUAUGUUCGAACCUUGGACAAUAUGUCUGAUCGAAAUCAGGGAUCCUUUUUUUUCUCGCGACAUACGCAACCUCCUUUAGGAUGAUGACUCUGUACUUUACAAUGUGAGUGAAUAAAUAUUCUGCUAAAGACUCCGUCUAUUUGUUUUUUGCUCGAUCGCAACGGUCUGCGCUUUUCAUAACACAUGGCCAAAUCUAUAGUAAGGGAAACCAAGCGCAGUGUGAUUGUUCUUUUUUUUCAAUCUUCUUCUCGUAGCGAGUCUCAGAGUUCAGUUUAGUUCUGUGUAUCUCUGUGUUCAGUUUGUAUUUUCUCCGGCAGCCCUUCAUUUCUUGGUAAGAUGAAUAAGUAGAUUAAUCGCUCUGUGGUCUAAAGGCGUUUAUAUUCCCUCCUUGCAUUUCUUUUGUGAGAACAACCCUGAACCUUUAGUUCAGCCUUUCAGUUUUUUCUCGUCCUUUGACAAAUGAAGACCUUUUUCUCAACGAUUAUGGGAUCCUAUACGUCUGAAAAUAAUUGCAGUGGUCAAUGAAGGCUCGAAAGUACUUGACAUAAGUACAAGAACAUUAGUGGGCUUGCCUGACUUAGCUUCUGAUGGCUCACCUCUUUUUGCGGAACCCAUGUUUCUCUUCGGAUGAACGUUGUGUAACACUCCAACUUACUGCGUGUUAACCUUCUGACUGAGUUGCGUGAAUUAUGCUCUGCGUGGGGAAUUUCCAUUACUGCAUGCCAUAGACUCUUAGAAGAUAUUUUUACAUACGCAUUGUUUUGGCUAACCAGAGUAUGUGUUUCCCUUAAAAAGCAGCUGCCCUAUUGUACUAUUUCGUUUUCUUGAAACGAACGUUUGCUGGAACCAAAGUUCUUAUGCAAUGAAUGUUCCGUUAACCUUUAUAAUUUUGUUUGCGAAGGUAAGAGCACUUUUCCUUAAAUGAAAACGCAUUUCCCUCUUGUCAAAAUCAUACGCAUUGGAGCUUAACCUGCUCAAAAACUCUGCCUUGUUGUGCAUCGUAAAGGAUUAGUUUAACUAUCCUCCCCUCCUCUCCAUUCACUUUUAACAAGAAGAAAACGAAAAGCUUCAAAAAAGUGAAACUGGUAUAUUUGAGGAUGACGGUACGUUAACGAAAAUUAAUGUGUAGGUAAUCGUAAAAGCCAAAGCAUUAUCUUGCUCGAUUUUUGAGAACGUACCGAACGAAAAUUGCAGUCUUUUGACUGAGAAAAAGACCAAAAGCCGAAGGCAAAAUGAGCCCGAAAAUCCUCCUAGAAAAGAACAAGGAAAGGGAAAAUAGAGUGAGCGAAGAGAAAGAAAGGGGGAGAAGAAAAAGAAAAACAAUGGCUGCACUGCUAGUUUUUUUUUGACUUCUGUUUGAGGGGAGAGUCCUAUUUUGGCUGUAACGUUAUUCAAAAAUCCAGCUCUGAUAUAUAUUUUUGUGAAAGGUUUGAACCCAGGAGUCAUUUCAAAAGUAGGUUGAGUUUGAUCGUCCGGGUGAACGUAGUCCUUGUGCCUCACAGAAACCUGAUUUAAAAAGGAUAUAUUUUUUAAAUCUAGUGAUUAAGUAACGGCUUUCAUUUUUCAGAUUUAAAUCCUUUCGACUAAAUUUGUUGUAGUUUUACAGCCAAAAGUUCACUCUAUUACUCUGUAAGCCUCCUGUUAUUUUGGCGUUCCUUUAGCGAAGCAUGGGCUUCCUGUGCAAAAGCCAACCGUGUUAAAUAUUUAUCAUUUUUUAAAAAAAGAAACACGUCGUUUUUGUCACCGAAAACUAGGUAGCAGUUAUUCUUUCUUCGUUCACUUUUCCGUAAAAGUAACAAACACUUUUUGCGCAUUUUUUGUUUGAACGUAUAAUUUCAACUAACGUGGGUGCCCUGUGUUAAAAGCUCAAAAUGUUUAACGCUUAAUUUUGACAUGUUCCACCGAACGGAUUUUGGCGGAUUUUUAGUAUGUUGCUAGAUAGGCCACCCUUACUUAAAUGGCGUUGAAAACAAUUCUGUUGCAAUUAGUUUGAUGUUGAGCCUCAAAAAUGCCUAGAUUGACUGGACUAUUAGUGGGACCUUACACAAUUGCAAGUUCAUUACCAAUCUUAUCAAUUUUCAGGAUCUCUUCAUAAAGAACAACAGCAUGUACAGCAAAAUUCUCACCCGCGUUGGCUGAUAAUCUGUAUCUAAAUAUUAAUUGCUUGGGAUCUCUUGUUACUUUCUCUGUUUGGUAAUUCAGAUCAAAAUAAAUCAAUGGGAACAGACUGUUGUAAUUUGCUAGAUUCAGUUGUGUGCUAGUAUUGAUAUCAUUCUUUCUCAUAGCAUAUGCCAUCAGAUCGUUGAAUAUUCCGACUUUACUGUCACUAUCAUACUCAGUUUCUGGGUAGAAGAUGCCAUUACCAUAUUCUAACCUGCAAUUGCUCAGAGAUGCCCCUCCUGGUAGUGAAAAAGUAUUCAUCAGAUAUGGACUAAGUUCAGCAUGUCUAUCGCCAUUGUUAUCUCUGUAAGAAUUUUUCAGGUAAACGAAAAUAUGCUUUACAUUAUCGAUACUAGCAGAUAUUUGGAAAUAUCUACUUGCUUGAGUUGGCACUGAAACCUCGUACAAUUCUCUCAUGUAUUUCCACUGUGUUUCUUUUAAAAAUGAGCUUACGAAUCUGUCAUACAUGCUGUCUUUUGGGGUUAACUUUGCAAUCCACAGGAGGAAUCUGUUGACAACAAUACGGCCAGCAUCAGCACCGUAGGCCUUAUGUAUCAAUUCAUCAUCAUUAUUCAAUUCUAUGUUAAACUGCAGUUGCAUGGGAACUAACUUUUCGUCUUCCAGCUCUUCAAAAAACGCGUAUCUGUUCAUUGGGAUGAUGACAUUGACAUCUUUAGCUCCUCUGCUGCCGUUAUCAUUAUUUGCCUGGGUGAGCAAUCUUCAUCUAAAAGCCAUCUAUAUUUUUAGGUUACACUAUUUUACGCCUCAUUCUUUUUAUUCCUGAUCCAGAUAUCAAACGGUUUAUUGCCAUGUCUGUUGAUUCCUGUUUGCGUCUUACAGAUCUUGGUGUAGACGGUUUAGUUCCAACUGAUGGUCUAUUGAAUUUACCAGCCAGCUUUUUCAUGAUAAAAUCACCACCUUUUUCAGCAGCUGUUUUACCCAAUUUAUCACCAGCAUGGGAAAUACUGGAUUGCAGUGCUUUUUUAGCAAAUGGUUUGACAACUGGUUCGGCUACUGAAGAUGCAACUUUUCUCAUUGGUUUGAGAAUAUUAUCUACCAUGAUGCCGUUUCCUUUAUGCUUAUACAUAAAUCUACCCAGCCUCGGGUGAAAAAAUCUCGUAAAUUCAUAUGGUUUUAUCUAUAUUAUAAUGUUAUACAAAAUUAGGCUACUCUUCGUCUCAGAAUGAUGCCCAAUGAAGUAUCAGCUCCGUUUAAAUCCACGACCCGUCUUUUGCCAUCUGUGAUAUACCUUCUAAUAGAGCUGAUAGUUUGUUUAUUAAUCGGAUUGUAUGUGAUUCUUCUUGGCUCAAGAGUAAAGCUGUAUGAUGGUCUUACGACGCUUGUACUAAAGCUGUGAAUAGUGUCACUUUCUUCUCCAUCAAAAAGACUAUCAUUUACCAGGUUACAAUGAAUGUUCAAUAUAUCAGUGUCUUGACAAGGAUUUGGCACUUUUUGCGCCUACAUUGCUCCCAGCCGUGAGAACUUUUUUAUCAAAUCCAAUCAGCUCAUAAAAACUGGAUUUAGUCAGAUCAAGCUGGUAGUUAGUCUUCAGUAUAAUUGUCACUUUAAAGAUUGUCUCAUCAAAUGUAAGAGUGAUGGGGUACUCAUCGUCUUUACCAGGUGAUUUUAUAACCGUCUUCUGUUUGAUGUAUGAAUUGAAAUCACUGUAAUUCCACACACCUGGCGGAAAUGAUAUAUUUGUGAAAUUAGUUCCUGAAUCGCUUCUGAACGGGACAAGCUGAUUAUCAUACCCAGUAUUUAUAUUGAACCAGGUGAAGCUCAUGUUGAUUAUUCUGUUGAGGUCAAUAGCAUACUCAUGAUUAUUGUCUAAGACUAUUGGCUUUAUGAAUUUGGUAACAAAGUUUCCAGGCUUGUUACUACCCUCGUUUUUAACCGAGUAGGAGGAUAAAACUAUUUCUCGUUCCAUCUAUGUAUAGUAGUUAGAUAAAGUGUUGCUUAUACAGUUUAUUAUGCUGGCUUUUGUUGAUCGUUGAAGUUCUCAGAAGAGUGUCCAGUAUUGAAACUCCCAUAUUGCGCAUAUCAAUUGAUGUAUUACCAGCCAUUAUUUCACCGAUAAUUAGUUGUAACUUUUUGAGCAAUUGCUUGGGGUUAUUGAAGAACAUCACACUCCCACCUCUACUUUUUCUCAUUCCUGAACCUUUAAUCUGCUUAGCCCAGUUCUCAUGAUAAUUGAAAUAUUCGUUUAACACAACCCUUGUAUUAUCUAUUCUUUUAUUUUACCGGGCCCUUUCUACUCCUCCUAUGGUACCCUUAUUAUAUGCCUGUCUAACUCGUGCCUUGUAAACCUUCAACUGGUUUCUCCGAACGUUUGCAGUAGCUAUUACCUUAUUGAGGUAGGAUCCUGUCUUUUGGGGUGUCAUUUCAGGCUGGUUUAGAAUUUUAUCAACAUUGUCAUAAUGAGUGAUAUUCAAAUCUUCCAAAAUCUCAUUAGUUCUGUCUUCCACUGCUGAAGCAUUGUCCUCCUCCCCUUCUAAAGCAUAGUCGUCCUCGUCUAAAGCAUAGUCGGGGCCUUCAUUCCCACCAUAUUCUGGAGGUAAAUAUUGAGGAUCAAUAUAGAUUUGUUUCCCUUCACUCAUCUUAUCCGCUAAUGAUUCCUCAGAGGGAAGCGGUUUUGGGACUAAUUGUUUAUUUUGUUCUGAUGGUAUGCCUUUAUCAAAUAGAUCAUCCAAUCCAUAAUCAGAAAUAUUUUCAUCAUAUAUUGGAAUACCAUAAUCAGAGACUUCCCUUUUUUUGUUAACACGUUUUCUUGGCAGUUUCAGAUUACCCAAUGCAACAUCAUCUAAUUUAGAGGUUAUUGGUCUGAACGUCUUUUGAAAAGAUUCCUGGCUCACCUUUUCUCCCAACUGAUUUUUCAGGAUUGUAGCAUGAACAAAAUUAAUCUUAUUACCCAAUUCUGUUUUUCUCUUGGCCAUUUCCUUCCUACUUAAGCAAACUAAUUUUUUAUACUAUUAGGUUACACAAAAUUCACAGAUCUAGUAAAAAACCAGUAGUUGAACUAACAGUUGAACUAAAAACUUGUGUAACUAAUAUGUAUCUACGAAUGAAAAUACUAAACUGUGAUGCAGAGGAUAAACAAUCUGGCUAUAGACAAACCGUCCCAUUUAUGCCUGAUAGAUGCUUUUAAAUGCUCGUACGCGGUCCUUCAGGAUCGGGCAAGACUAAUCUUCUUCUGGAUAUGAUCUAUAGAUUGCUCUAUUAUGAUAAGAUAUAUCUAUAUGCUAAAAAUCUGCAACAGAGCUAGUACCAACGCCUUGUAGACUUAUUCGAGCCUAUUACUAAAGAAGCUGGCUACCCUGUUAUUGAAGCUAGCAAUGAUAAAAUAAUUCCUCUGGAUAAGAUGCCAUGUGAUAAUCAAAAGCUGGUCAUUUUCGAUGAUUAUCUGAAUACAGGAACAAAGAAUGAUGCUGAAAUUAGGAAUUAUUUUACUAAUUCCAGAAAUAAAAACUGUAGCUGUAUCUAUCUGAGACAGUGCUACUAUGGCACUGAUAAAACAAUCCGAUUGAAUUGUACACAUCAUUGUAUAUUUGAAUUUCCUUCCAGUAAUGAGCAAAAUAUGAUAUGUAGAGAGCUUGGGAUCAACAAAUUUCACUAUCAGAAUGCUACACAGGAGCCAUAUGAUUUCAGUUAUGUCGAUAAGCCUAAAAAGCGUGUCGCUAAGAAUUUCAAUGAUAUAAUCUAACAUAUGUAUAAUGAGUUAUUCAAAUGGAUUGCUGAACUUUAAAAACCAGACUUCCCUUCAAGGUGUACAAGGUAGGCCUGGAAUUGGUUUUAAUCUCACAUCAGGUGGAAAUUAUUUAUGGUGAAUAAAAAACUCACAAAUGUGGCUGAAGGAACUGCUUCCAGUGAUGCCAUAACAAAACAUCAAUUUGAUACAGCACUGGUUGAUAAACAUGAUAAUGACCAGAAUAUUGGUCUUAAAAAUACUUACAAUGUCAUCAACAGCAAGCAACAGACUUUCCAACAGAUGAACGCCAAUAGAAAUACUCUUGUGUGUUACGAAGAUGUCAGGGAUGUGUUUAUUAGUAGAAAAGAGAGUGUAUUUCCAAUACAAACUCAUUUGGACAUGGGAAACAAGUAUAUUUAUAAUGUUAAGACACCAGUUAACAAUGUUUUCCAAUUUGCAGCUCCAUAUUUUCUAACCCUGUGUCGCAUAUAACCAUUAGGCUGUUUGAAGCCUGCAUUUGGAUCUUGUUUUAUAAUAUGAAUUAUUUUCCCAUCUCUGGAAGCAGCAUACAAAUUAUAAAUAGGAUGAAUCUGAUAAACGCACUUAUCAAUUACUAAUUGUUUGGAAAUACGGCAAUUAGCUUCUUUCCCUUGAAAACCAACAAUAUGGCAAUUAGCUUCUCGUUGGUCGGCUUUAUUAUUUCUCUCUUGUUCCAGCAUUACAAUAUAGUAUCUCUUCAAAUAGAAUUUUAGUCCAAAUGGGCCCUCUCUAGCCAUAAACAUCAUUCAAAUGGCCCCCAUUUGGUCAAUUUUAAAAUCGUUCAAAUGACCACCAAAAGAUGCAUAAAUUUCUCCAAAUGGCCCCUACAAGACUUAUUUUUUUUCCUUCAAUACUCCCUCCAUACGCCAAAAAUAAUAGUACUUUUGGCUCCAUUAAAACCCCAAUAGUUAGGUAAAUAGGCAGCGAAGCGUGUAUAGGCGCGUGAGCGAAGCGAAUGCGCCUAUACCUCCAUUUACCUAACUACUAAGUUUCUUAAAGAAAAGUGCAUCCUUUUACUGCAAGUAGCCUGCAGUACAAUUCAGUUCAUCCUUGUGUGCAGAGUGACCUCUACUCAUCAGAGAGACGGGAAUGAUGGAAGGCAAACUCAUAGAGAGUGAAGUCGGGCUGGUUGUAAAUCUAGAGAUCUUGAGUAAACACAUCCACCCUACUAGCAGAGUCUUCCUUUCUCGUCCUCGAUUUUGGUGUACUCGAGAAAAGGAGGGUCACUGCUUACCGGGUGAGGGUCAUUGUCCAAUACACACAAAAUUGAUAGACUUCCGCGGGGUGAAACAAACCAGAUCAUAUGUACGUAAGAAUGUAGAAUCUGAGUCCAACAGAUCGAGCAUUCACUGUAAAUCAUAAAUCGGAUGAAGUGUACAUGUACCGCUCAGUUUCUUUUUACGGCUUUUGCGCAUCUCUUUGUCUCCUCUUUCUGCAUCCCUUUGCACCUCCGCGACUUAAGACUAGACUUUUUUUUACUAAGAUACUUAGUGUAUGAGUAGACUUAAUAUGCUGUUGGAGAGUGCAUUUGGUUCCAUGUUAUAUAUAUCCUAUCCAUUAAUUUUAUAUUCAUGGUCCUUUUAAAAACAAAUGAGGUACAGUACAAACCUUAACCACUCAUCCAAGGUAAUCAGCUAUGAAAAGUGUAGUGAGAAUAUUAAUUAAAACUAAAAAAGAUCGUGGAAGUCCUUUCACUCAAAUCCAAUUUAACUCACCAUUUAUAAUAGUAGUUAAAAAGAAAUCUAUGAAGUGGCUCAUGGAAACAUCUUUUCUUCAAAAAAAGAAAGAAGAAGAGAACUCAAGCAUUCGAAACAUCUUUUCCGACCCUUGUGUAAUGAAGUAUAAACCACGUGUAUACAUCAUUCCAUGAUAAUUUUGCAGAUUUAUGACUUGGAAUUAAAUAGUUUAUGGAAGGUUAAGAUCGACUGAUAAAAUACCAUUACACACUGUACACUGUAUGUGUAUUUGGGAAUCUCAUUUGGGUUUUUUAUUUUUUGCUACCUGUGGAUACUACGCUCGGUAUCUAGAUCAGUUUAAUUUUUGAAACAGUGAGAGUUGUAAUAUUGAAUUAUAAGGAGAAGAAAUUCAAACCCUGGAAACGGUUAUUCAGGUGCAUAAAUGUAUUUUGUUUUGUUUUGUUUUUUGCUUUAUUUAAAGUUCCUUGGGUUCCCGUUUGUUAGCCUAACUAUGCUUAAUACAAUAAUUAUUAUCUCCAUGUAAUUCAUUGAAGUUAUGAAUAUAUGAAAAUCAUAUAUGUGAACUGCGGAGUGAAGAAUUAUAUGAAGGAAGAUCAUCGCAGUUAUAUACGCAACUUGUCUCAGGCUUGUGCGGGAUUCGAACCCUUAACCUCUGCGAUACUGGUGCAGCGCUCUACCAAUUAAGCUAACAGGCCAACUGGGAGCAAAUCGUUGAAUUGGCGUUCAAAACAAUCCUGUUGCAAUAUGUUGGAUGUUGGGCCUCAAAAAUGCGUAGAUUGACUGGACUACUUGUCUUGUACUAAAGUCAACUUAACUUGUAAGUAACAUGUUCUAGAAUCUAGCUUUUGCUGUGAUUUGGGAAUCAUUUUUAGAGCUUAUUUUUGAUUAAAAUGAUUAAGAUUAUUAAAAUAAGUUGACACUCAUUCUUUAUACUUUCAUGGAUCUGCACUCGAUUCUCGUUACCCAGUUCCUACUGGACACUCGAUUCUCGAUUCAUUCUUCAUCCCCGCAUCAGUCGGGAAUCAAUGAGUCGAGAAUCGAGACUGGACUCUCUCUUAUGGACAUCUGUAGAAUGCAUGUCAUGGUAUUCUCGCUUAGUUAUUCUAAGAUCUGCUUUGCUUUUGUCAAAUUGUUUUCGUGCUUCAAUGGAACGUUUGAUAAGUUCUUUAGCGUAUGAAGCUUGAGGAAGAGGUGAGGGAGCUCUUAACAGAUGUCUACGUAACAGGACAUCAUCAAGGACUACAUAGUGGUAAUGAUUUGGAUUGUCCAUCAAUUUGUCACGGUACAUGAGAACAACUUCUAUGAUGGCUGCACGUCUGGAGAAACGGCGAGCCCACUGCAAAUGUUUCUGUGGAACGCCUGGAAAUUUCACUUUCCCAUCUGUGGAAGAGAGAACUUUGAACACAAGUUUACGCCGGUAAUCUGGUUGAGUCCAGGUAAGGCAAGUAAAUAGUCCUCAGAUUUGGUAUCAAUUGAAGCUGUUACAGACGAGUCAGGAUAAGGUAAAGAAUCAACAUUGACGGGAGCUACAAGGCAGAUACGGCGAAGGUAAGCAAAAGUGCCGUUGAGCGUAUCAGGGUGGGACUAUGAUUGGGGAUGUCCAUAGAGACUGCAAGUAGGACAAAAGAGUUCACGCCAUCUUCUGGAGCAUAAGGUUCCUAUCAAAUGAAGGUACGUCUGACAUAGGCUGACGACUUAAGGUAUCAGGUACAGUGUCUGUGAUUCCCGGACGAUGUUCAAUGUAAAAAUCCAAUUCUGUCAUUGUCAUACACCACCGUGCUGGUUUAGUUCGCUGUGUGGCCAAGGAGGUAAGCCAUUUAAAAUUUGCAUGGCCUGUAAUGACUUUGACUCGACGGCCAAGAAUGUAGGACGGAAUUGUUCUGGACCCCACUUAACAGCGAACAGUUCUUGUUGCAACCUGUGCCAGCGGGAUUCAGCUGGAGUGAAGGGUCUUGAUGCAAAUCAGACAGGGCGGAGCUCGUCGUCUUUGUACUGUGCAAGCAUAGCACCGCAACCUAGCUUGCUUGCAUCAACAUGAGGUUCAAAUGGAGAAGUCCAGUCUGGAUGAAAGAGUUAAACAUCAGGACCAGUAACUGCAUGUUUUAAGUCCUCGAAUUCCGUGGAGUGGUGUGUUGACCAUGAGAAGGGGGUAUCCUUUUUAAAGAGUUCACGCAAGUACUUGCUACGAGAAGGCAUGUUUGGAAUAUAAUCACGUAAGAAGUUACAGAGACCCAGAAAUCGUUUAAGGCUGGUUGUAUUAGAGGGCAGCUCCAUAUCGAUUACAUUCAUUCAUUCUUUCCCGCGGUGUCCAUCCUGAGUUGGGAUCUUUGAGGAGAGCUUCACCUCAGUGUGGGGACUGUGCGAAUGUAUUAAUGUUGAGAUUAAGUCGUGGAUUACUGAAUCCGAUUUCUCAUUUCGCGAUGCUCGUGUGCCAGGAGGAAAACCCUCAACGCGUUUACAAGCGUUAGUCGGGGAAAACCAAAACGUCAAUGCUGCUCGUCUGCUAUCGAAACCUGAGGAUUACCAUCGUGUCAACUUCUUUUUCACCUCUCUAGAUAAGAUCCUGGCCGAGAUUGAGAAUCGAUUCAGCGGAAAUGACCAAGAUGUUCUUUGUGCGUUGGGUGAUAUCACCCUUCGUUAUACACCUACCAGUCAUAGCUUUGACGUCUUUGCCAGGUGCUAUGAUCUUGACAAGGAGCUACUCCAAGCAGACCAAAGCCUGUUCAGUCAAUUCAAGACAACACACGUAGAGAAAACAACAAAAACAGCUGAAGAAGUAAUUGAAGUAUUGCACGAAAACAGAAGUCAUUGUGAACAGCAUGGACAGGAUAAUUAUCAUUUUCGGACAACGCCACAGGAUAAAUAAGCAGUUUGUGAUUGAUAAGUUUCUGAUUUUACUAGUUCGAGUAGACUGUCGAUAGUGAUCAUAGAGUAUGCAAGAUUUCAAAAUAAAUACUUCUGCAAUUAGAACCGUGUCACUAAGUGUGGGAAUUGUAAACUUUCUUCCUUUUCAUAGAAUAUAAGGGCUUUUGUAUUCCGAUUACAAAACUCAGGUAUUCGAGCAAAGUUUAAUUUUUUUCGGGCAAAAAGGUGACUCCCCCACCCCCCAAGUCCGAAGGUGCCCGUACGCCUGUGAUUGCAUUGCAGCUAUACCCAAAUGUUCAGUGCUGAUGACAGUUAAAUAAAUGGUGCAUGUGAUACAUUGCACAAUACACAGCAGAAAAGAAAUGAACUAAAUUGCAAAGGAAAUAUAAUAAUAAAUUAUUUCUUUUUAAGAGCAAUUCGAUGAGUAAGGAUGAUACAGUCGCAACGCCAAAUACACUUGUACGAUUCACACCACGGAAUUUACCAUGUAGAGUUUGAAAACUUCUAGUGCUUUGCAAACUGUUUUUCAUUGCUGCGCGCUUGAAAUGUUACAUUUGUCAAGUCAUUUGAUACUUAUUACAAAUUAAAUAAUGUAUGCACUAAAAAAGUACAUGUUAGGUUUACCCCGAUACAACGAUAUUUUCGGUUAUUUUACGGCGAUAUUGUUAUAUCGGGAGUUUAGAUAUAACCUUUCCUCGUUAUAACGAUAUCAUUUUACUGCUCCCUUGGUAUAUCGUUGUUUCGGGGUUCCACUGUAUUUCUCUCGUCAAAUAUGAUUUCUCUCUUCUAGUCCCACCUAAAUUCUUCAAUAACGUGACUGGUAACCAGUCAGUGAAAGAAAGAUCAGACCUUAAUCUGUAUUGUGGAGCAUCCGGUAAACCAGACCCUACAUUCACUUGGAUUAGAGUGUUUGAGAAUGGCAGUGACAGUCAAGUGCUACACACAGAACCUACUUGGAAUAUUGUAAGGAUCAACCGAACUGACGCUAGCAAAUACCGCUGUACAGCUAACAAUGGAGUGGGCAGUCCGGUUAGCCAUAAUAUCACAGUGAAUGUUUUAUGUAAGUAUGCAAUGUAACAUAAAGGCUGAUUUAGAGGGUACUAGUUUUGCUUACGACAAUCGUGCGCCAUGACUUCCUGUAGAUUAGACCGACGACAUUCGUACAACACCGGUGUAUGACAUUUGCAGACUGCAGACUGUAAAUUGUUUUCACUAAUAGUAAUUUGACCACAGGGCACGCAGACUUACAACUAGCCUCCUCGAAGCUAAAUUAUAAUUGUGAUUGGUAUGGGAAUUUAUCGUAAGAUCGAUAAAACAUCAAAACUUGCUAAAAUGUCGUUUUUUUGGACAGGAAACAUUAAAACAACACAGAGACGUCUCUUUAUAAAGUAUGUGCAUUUUCACCGUUUUAUCGAUCUUACGAUACAUUUCCAUACAAAUCCUUAAUUUGAGGAGACUUUUGUGAGCGUCGGCUCCCUGUGAGUUGAUUGACACCGAAACUCCAGUUAUACACAUGUAUUGAUAAAGGAGAUGAAGAUGAUAGAAGUAUGACCUCGUUCCCAGGCUUCUAAGAAAGUAAGAAAGAACAAGGCGAUGGUCCGCCCGCGUUCAUGGCUCGUUUCUCUUUUUCUCUUCGGCAAACCGAGCUAUUGUUUUCUGAAGGAAGCUAGCAAGUAAGGAGAAUAGAUUCUUACUUUUUGGAGAAAAAAAAAAAGAAGAAGAAGAAUAAGAACUGAGAAGAAGCAGUGUAGGGCAUGAGUACAAAUUUUCCGGUAUUGCAAGGUUUAGUUCAUUUCUGGUAUGUUCUAACAUUCCACAGACAAAUUGCUCAAACAAAUCGCAUGUUUAUGUUCCAAUAUUCGCUUCCCGCGUGCCGUACAAAGAACGUAUAAGACACUGUUCCUGUGCAAUAUCCCACGGCAUCUAAAACUUUCUUUGCUGAACAAUACUACUCAGACAAGUAUUAGUAGGCUACUUGUUGUCAUCAUACAACGAUAACCUAUUAAGAAGAAAAAGAAAGAAUGGUGCUUGGAAUCCGAAGCCAUCGUUUGGUUGUUCUUCUAGAGCUUUGUAGCCAAAAGCAACUUGGGAACGAGGCUAAUGCACUUUACGCGGGAAAUAUCAACCUCGUACCCAGGCCUGGGCUACUUUCUUACUUUCUUGGAAGCUUUAUUGAUGAUGACGUCACCUUUAGUAGUAUGUUGUCAAUGUGUAUUAUUUUACAAUCAGUUUCACACGAAUAUCGGUAUGCAGUCUGCAGUCUGCGGUCUGCAGUCUGCAAAUGUCAUACACCGUUACGAUACAUUGUGGAUUUCGUAAUUGAAAAUUGUGCGCGUGUGGAUGGUGGAAAGUUUUUAUAUAAUUACACGAGUAUAUGUUAUUGGUACACAGGUAGGAACACGGUAUCCAUACUGUUGCAGGGAUUACAAAUACGCCAAAUUUGGAAAAAAUUGAAACCAUAGAGGGUUGAAGGAAAUUGCAGUCUUGUGGCAUCAUUUCCUUGCUAAAUGAAGUUUUUCCACAUCUUCCUUGUGUUGAUAUUCGAGACUGCUUUCUUUGGCCGCUAUUUUGGAAUGUAAAACUUGCUGUUCACCAGUUGUCCUUUGUUCAUAUUCUUCAUGUAAUAGUUGUAUAAAAUAUCUACCUUCCACGUGUUAAAAAUGGAGUCUUCAUCUUCGAAAAAAGCAUCUCAGCAUAAUUCAACAUUUGUCUGUAAUUAAACGUCAUUAAGUCCAUGCGUAAACGCCUCAAAGCAAUCAAUGAAUAUUGUAAUGGCGACGCACCAAGAGAUAUUCAAAAACUUAUUAAUAAUUCAUAAAGAAAAAACAAAAGAAAUUAAUGUUAAUGAGUGUGCUCAUAUCUGAUAAAGACACGGCUAAACUUAACGUGCAGUUUUUCAGACCAAAAUAACCCAAAUCUAAGUAUCAGGGUAAGAAUGAAUUGAUCUAUAUCAGAGAUUUUGAAGCAGCUGAAAAAACUCGCAGUCAUGUAUUAUCAGGUUUAAAAGCUAUCUCUGAUAAUACACUCCUGCUCCUGCUUGAUUGUCAGUCAAGAAUUUGUCAUUAUGCUGUGUGACUUCUAUUUUCUUUCUCCGUAUAUGGGUCAAAAUGGCGCGUGAGUAAAAUCACCUUCUUUCAGGGCUCUCUGAGUUUUAAAGUUGGCUAGGAUGAACAGUUAAAUUGAUGUUUUUGUGGCUUUUAUUUUAGUUCCUCCAAAGAUUGUUAAUUUUGUACGAGAAUACAAAGUUGCGGUGCAGCAGAGUGUUACUGUUCGCUGUCAAGCCGAAGGGUAUCCUGAGCCAACAUUUACAUGGAGUCCGUGCAGUAACGACUGCAAUACUGGAUCCUGGACUAUCCUUGAGGUGUUGAAUGAUACUAUCUAUACUUGUACAGCGGCAAAUAGUGAGGGCAGGGAUUCAGCAGAAACCAGCGUUGGUAAGUUGCUUCUCCACAGCUAAAUUUUGAUUAGCUCCAUAUUUUACGCCCUAAUGCUACUGUAAUGACACGCGACAGGGUUAGUGUAAAUUUGCGUAUAGAUUUGCCUUGGAUUUUUACGGCACUUAAGGAAUCAGAUAAAGACAGGUAAAUUUCAUAUUACCUGCUGUGUAUAUGCAUUAUGUAGUAGGCAGGAAAUUGAACAGUUAGAAAACUAUUUCAUAAGUAGGUUGAGUAUGAUCGUCCGGUCGAACGUAGUCCCGAAUAGGACCGUUGUUGUUGACAGUGGCUGAUGUUUCGACAACGUGAGUUGUAUCACGUCAGUUGAUGGUAUUAUACUCUGGUUAUUGACCUGAUUGGUCAGUUAAGUCGCGAUGUUAUUUGUCGUUUGUCUGUUAAGCCGUGAUGUUAUUGGCUAUGAAGACUCGUAAUGUCAUUGGUACGUUUCGAUCUGUCUAUUGUCACAGUUAAACAGUUUACUGUUAGUCAGUGGUCCAGUCGUUCUCUCGUAGUUAGUUUUGCUCGAUUCCGUCAGUUAGUCGUUUGUACGGUGCCGGUAACUGUUGACUACUAUAAUUAUUCAGUGGCGUAUGUUCAAAGUUAGUAACCUGCUUUCUAAAGUGAGCCGCUGAUAGUAUAGUCUGUAGAAUACGUAAUACAUACAUGUCGCCGUUUCGUCUGUAAAUGGUGCUCAGCUCUGUUAUUGUUGACGUCACCAUUUCUCGCCGCUCGUUUGUGUUCGGCCAGUCGCAUGCUAAACGAGAUCCACCACCAACACUGCGACGCAAACUUAACAACAAACUACUUACACUGAAGAAAACCGACAAGAUGGACUUUCGACGCUACAACAGACUGAGGUGUAUUGUUCCGUCGCUACCCAAGCUGUAUGGACUACCGAAGCUACACAAACCCAUCAUACCUAUGCAGCCCAUAGUUUCUUUCUGUGGGACCCCGAAUUACCAACUGUCUAAAUACUUAACUGACGUCCUGAAAACUCUGACUGACGAAUCUGGACAUAAACUACAGUCUACUUAGAACUUUGUUGACGCCAUUAAGACAAUACAGAUACCUGACGACCAAAGACUAGUGUAUUUUGCUGUGAAAUCUUUGUUCACCAAUAUUCCCGCCACUUCAACUGGCUCUAGACUGUACUGAGAACGCUAUUACAGCAAACUGCAAUGCUGGGCAAGCGAAUCAAACCUGGUCCUAAAACCUAACAAAACAAAGUACGUGUUAUUAUCUUCCGGUAAACUUUCUUCCUAUCAUGAACUUAACAACACUGAUAUUGACCUGAGAGUUGGAAGCACAUCUUUAGAACGUAUACCCUCAACAAAACUAUUAGGGACCCACAUUGAUCACCACCUUAAAUGGGAAGAAAAUGUCAAGCAAGUCUCAGCCUCUUGCUAUCGCAUUCUUGCAAUCCUAAAGAAAUUGAGGAAUUUUCUCCCAUUCAAUAUUCGCGAGCAGUUAGGUCAGGCCCUAGUACUCUCCAAGUUGUAUUAUAAUUGUGUUGUUUAUCAUAAUUUACCACAUCACAUUGUCAAACGCCUCCAAAGAAUUCAAACAGCAUGUGCGUGCUUUGUUGUCGGCAAACUAGGUAAAAGAGGGGGGUAUCAAAGCUUAACUGGUUACCCUCUAAAGAACAUAUUGAAUGGCAGCUCCUAAAGUCAGUUCACAAGGCGAUUUCUUCUCACGAAUGGCUAGGUUACUUGCGACUGAAGCAAUUUAAGUACAAUUGAACUCUUAGGUCUAGUUGAGCUAUGCAGCUUGAAAUGCCACUAGUAUCACACAUUUAUCAAGAUCAAGCCGCUAAAAGCUUUAAUAUUUCACCCGAAUAUAUAGGGAACUGUCUUAAGUUUAACCAGUUCUGUAAGAUGACUUUUAGGUAUUUAAUGAAAAAGGUCAAAGAUAGCCUUUUAGGUUAAUGAAAUUUUAUUUCUCAUUGUAAAUAGGUUUUUAUUUUUACAUAUUUUAUAUGCUUACUUAUCUUACCUCUUUUACAUUUUUACUUUACAAAUGCUAUUUUUUAGCAGAUGAAGAGCCACCUAGUGAAAAUGCUGAAAAAAGCCAUUAUUACGCGGGAUGACGUAGUCAGCGAGCGUCUUAAAAUCGGGAGCGCAUUCCUUUCGUAUUCUUGGGAGUCAAAAAUUGCCUUGUUUUUUUAACUUUCCCGUAUCCCGAGCCCGUACCGAAAAAAUUGUGUCUAUUUUAUUGGCUGCAACUUCGAAUCACGGGCAAGUAAGGUUGGAUUGCACAAGCAGAAUAAAGAUACUGCGUCAGCAAAGAAGGGAAAAGUGAGCUUACUGGUUUCUUGAUUUACAGUCAAAAAGCUAGAAUGUUUAGAAUUUAUUACUUACGAAGUCGUAGCUCGCUCGGUCGCUUCGCGGCCCAAAAAGAACGCUCCGCUGGCUAAGAAACUCUUGAGGUCGACUUGUAUGUAGCAAUAUAUGUAGCAUGUCUAUCAAAAAGCUUUAAGAAAAUGUUGUUAAAUCGGGCAGCAGGCACGCAUUGAUGUUCACAUGUAACACAAUCCCUGACUAUUAACGUGACAAGCUGUACAGCUUUCGUUUUUAACAGCUGUUCAAAAUAACAUUGAAAUUUUUUCUUCAAAUUAGAAUGGUUCCUUAUAUUAGUUAGUUUUUCAAAGGCAAUUGUUACUUUUGCUCUGAUAGGCGUAAAGAACGGUCGGCGACGCAAAACAAUAGUUUUGUAUUUUAAAAAAUCGCUGAAUAAACACGGGAGUCACUCUUUUAUGUUAAUUAAGUAUUUUUACCUGUUUUUUACUGCUGUGUCUGCGAGGCUAAAACAUAACUUAAGAUUGUUAUUCCAGUAAAAUACGGUGUAUAAAAAAGAAACGAGACGACUAUUAUUGUGGUUGUUUUAGAAUCGGGUGUAAAUCUAUAAAGUCCCGCAUUGUCGCACGUACUGAAAAUAAAUACGCAAAAGCUAAAUUUAGCGAGCAAAGUAGAGCUAGUUAGCUACCGAAUCCACAAAAAGCCUAUUUUUCCUAAACAUUUCACCGAUAAUAUAGAAAGAAAAUACUUCCCGUCUUCGCUUAAACGACGACUUUCCAACAAGACGAUGAUCUAUUCAAAAGAGAUAAUAGUUCUGGGGCGGCCGCGGUUUCGUUGAAAUCAUAGCAGUUUUUCCGGAAAGCUCCACGGCCCACGGGAUCUCAGUCAAUCUUAAGCGAAUUUUCUUUUCAACCUAAAUAAAAACGAUUAGUAAAAAGAAUAGUGCCCUUAUUUUUGACCCAGAAAUUUUUGUAAAAAAUACAUAAACAGACCAGAAUCUUACUUUUCCAUUUCACAAACAUGAAAUAUUCGGCGGCGUUGCCCAUGUUUCUCAUAUGGCGCGAAAACGUACUUUCAUAUGACACAUGCGGGUUUCUUUUCGGACGCUCAGGAGGUCAAAGGAUGUGAUUUUUCAUGAAAAAAAAUAUUCACAAAAUUCUGCUUGGCUUGUUCGGAAAAUAAUUUGUUUAAUUUUUAAUAAUUAACCAACAGCUCACUGAUUUAUUAAUUUGGGCUAACAACUUGGAGGCCCGGGCACCCCAGCUAAAAUGUUUAGGAGACCGAAGGGCUCCCUGAAAAUUUUAUUUGGGCGGCCAUCUAGAUCUUUUAGGUUAAAUUGCUUGAAAGCCCAAAGGGCUCCCUGAAAUUUUCCCUAGAGUGCAGCCUUGCAGCCCUUUAGUUAUUGGAAGUAAUGAUACAUUACAUGCUAUUGUUGAAUGUGGAAGUGCAUUUUUUGAGGAAAUUAGUAAAUGGAAUGCAAAUUUAAGUGAACUACCCCAUACUCUUAACAUAUAUGGUGGUAAUAUUGAUGUAACUUUUGUUUUGCGUAACAAAGGAACCCUUGUGUGUAACUCAUCUUCUAUAGUGUGUUAGUCCUCAACAGAACAUCUCCGUCUCUCCUGCACACGUACAUUUGUUGUUGAUACACUACUCAACUGUUCCAUUGCCAUUCAACAUACCGGUAAUUGUUUCUUACACCAACGCAUCCCGCGUAAACGCCUUCGGGCGUCUUCUUGUUAUUAUUAUUAUGUCCAUUCCUUGUAGACUCAGGCAGGAUGUUCGGCCUGGUUUAUAGUCCUUGAGAGCUGGUUACAACAAGUCACCACGGAUCCCAGGUCUCUAUUUUCCUUCUUUUUACAGGGACAGUACUUUCCUUAGUAUCUUUGCUGUCCCCAACAAUGCUGUUUUCUGGACAACUUCCAACCUCAGCUUCACGCCGAUUCGCUUCAUGUACUCCUUAAAGUUUACUGACACGGCUCCAAGGGCCCCAAUAACAACAGGCACUACAAUGACUUUUCGCACGCGCCAGACUUUUGCAAUUUUAUCUUUCAAUAGUUGGUAUUUCUCUAACUUCUUAAGUUCCUUAUCUUUCCCCUUGUCAUCGCUUGGGAUACCAACAUCAAUAAUGACAACCUCUCUCUCUCCCUCUUAUCAAUAAAGACAAUGUCUGGUCUUCUUGCCUCAAUUUUCCGAACGCACUGGACUGUGAAAUCCCACAGUAUCUUGAAGUUUCACUUUCCACCACUCCCUCCGGCUUCUGUUCAUACCAGCUAUUAGCUCUUUCCAAUCCACAUUUACCACAAAGUUGCCAGUGGAUAUACCGUUAUCAUGCCUUCCUUUAUAUUAUGUCUGCGCCAGCUUACCGCACUCACUCGCCACAUGGGCCACCGUUUCUCCCUUACUUCUGCACAUUGUGCACAAAGGGGAUUCUGCUGUGUGAUCAAUAUGAAAUCUCGUAUAAUGGGCCCUUUGCAGCUUGCCAUUCACGUGGUACAAAACCGCCAUGCUGGGACGCAAAAGUCGCACUGGGGCAAGACCAACAAAAGGCAUACAUAAUUUUAAAUGUUAUUGUCCUUUGUUUGUCUUGUCCCAGUGCGACUUUUGUACCACGUGAAUGGCAAGCUGCAGAGGGCCAAUUUUUUCUCAGGGCUUGUCCCUGGGUGCUACAUAUCAGGGCCUCAGUACAUCCUUCUAUUACUAGAAAUACGUAAAUCGCAGGACCUCGCGAAGGACCUCGGGGGAACGGAGAGAUAAGGCAAUAGAGAGGAAAAUUUGGAAAUCUAAAAAUUUUAAGCUAUAUAAAGAAGCAAAACAAAACUGCAAUAACUAAAAAGAAAACUAAAGGAAAAGAAAAAGAAGAAAAGAAGAAGAGAAAAAGGUUUCGCCCGAAAUCGAACUCGGGACCUUUGACGCGUCGGGCUAAAUCGUUACCAAUGAGCCACGUGGAACCCACCGCGUAACGUGUUGAAAAUAUAGUAUUAAAACCCUUUUCCCUAGAACUUCUGCCAGCGCGACUUGUACUAAAGUUGAUCGAACCCUGUUCAGCGUGAAUUCAAAGAUAUUUUUCAGAAGAAUGACUGCUGUUUGGACGGUAAAAACCCAACGUAAACAUAUUUCAUCACAUUUAAAGAACGGCCAACUAAGCCGCGAUACGGUAUAAACUCGUCUGCGAGCAAAAUGUGUUUUGUUACCGCGAUUUUCUCUCAUAUAUUAAGGCUAAUUAUCCAAAAUCGCUUCCAUUUGCUCUUGAAAGUACUUUAGCAUUCGAAAUUCAUUGAGUGAUGUUCUCUCUGCUCCGCUGUUUGUUGCUGCCGUCUCCUUCGUUGCUCGCGUUGAAUUUCAAGUCGGCGUUCGCGCUCCAGAGAAUUCAGUUUCGGUGUCAAAUCUUCCCCUGCGAGGAUGUACAGACGGUUGUUGAAUUCGGCGUUCUUGUAUUUACUGUUCUGUUCCAUUUGCAUGAGAAAUCGCAUGAGAUUCACCGAUAGUAAACAUUGUUUCGCAGACGAUGGAUAAACAAGUCAGCUCUUCAUACUUAGGUCAUUGAUUAGAAACCGCUUUCAGUCGAAUGUUGCCCAGAAACAAAAAAUGCGCCGUGACGUCAAACUACUAUAUGACAUCAUGGCGGACACCAUCGGAUACAGCUAUUUCGAGAAAGGUUGUCAGAAAAAAUGGGCACGCGACAAUCCCGAGGGGUAAUAUGGGAUAUGUUCAACACACUGUUCUUGACACUGUUGCUGUCGAACCUACUUUUGUUGCUUUCCUUUAGCACUGGCAGACAUAUGUCCAUGACCUCUCCUGCCAUUCUUUCAAAUUUCUUUGAAAAACAAUGAACUCAAAACCACCCACAAUAACUUUCGGGGUUGUCACGUGCACUUUAUCCGACAACCUUUCUCGAAAUAGCUGUAUAUACAAGGAUUAGCUUUUUCGUCUUUCUUCGGUGCCGCAUAUUUAUACGACGAAGUCACGCUUCGAGGUUGUCCGCUGUAGUGAGAAGUGAUUCUAUUUGCUUUUAUUGAAAUGGAUGGAUGAAAAUUGGUCGCUCUUUUUGAUAUACAAAUCGUGUCAAAGAUAAAGCAAAAGCAACUAUUACAGCUGAUUCUUAAGUCGCGGCACAAGCCGAUUAAUAAAAUGGAUUUACAAAGAGGGAUACGAAUUGCUCUUACUGAAAAGAAAACAACAACUUAAUAGACCUUGUCACGGUUUUCGACUCCAUCUUGACGAGUAGACAACCGCGUGAGAAAUUACAGUGUUUGUAUGAGAAUCUAAUGUGGAACAAUUUCCGUAAAACGGCUGUUCUGAAAAAAAAAAUAUGAGUUGUAAGCUAAAGUUUCAAAGAUUAGGAUUGUACCAAAACAUUUUUGGGCCGUACCUGUGCUUAAAUUUCUCCAGAGGCUUGCUUUAGAUUUUCCAUAUAUUUGUCUGUAUUUUUCCCGCGACUUUCUUACAGACAAAUGUAUAGACAAUUUAAAAAAGUGGUUCUAGGUCUUCUAGCGCUUGUAACGCCAUCAAUAUUUUUCAGUAGAAUCCUUAGGAGUUAAGCUUUAGUUGACAAUUAUUUUUUUUUCACAACAGCCGUUUUAUGGAAAUUAUUCGACAUUAGAUUCUCAUACAAACACUGUAAUUUCUCACGCCAGUUUGCCUACUCGUCAACAUGGCGUCGAAAACCGUGACAAGGUCUAUAAAAGCCUGUAAACCACUAAGCUGAAACUUAUGUCAUGUUAGGCCCCUUUUAAACGUGAAAUUUCUAAUCAGGGCCGAACACCUAUUUUAGUCGAUUAAAGUUCAGAUCAUGAAUACGGCAGUUGAUUCGAUUUUAAUUUGCAAUAUCGGUCAAUUUACGCAACUUAUAAACUUCUGGUUCAGUUUUUGUUUGCUUCUGCUUUGAAAAUGGAAUAAUAUAUAGAUUUAGCCAGGGCUAGAAGCGAAACUCUCGUUAAUAUCUAUAGUUAACUGAAAGAAAAUAUAAAAUCGUGUAAUGCUAACCAAGCGGCGACCGCAACGAAAACAGCGAAAAAAAAAAGGUUUUAAUUAGCCAAAAAAAAAAAAACAACGUUGCACGUGCAGCACACUUCUUUUGUACAUUUCUUUGCCGUUAUUUUGCACGACGACAGCGUGAAACUUCCUAGUUACACGUUUUAUGGAGGAAGUGUUGUAUGUGGUCCUGUUCCCUUUUUUUCGCUGCGCGCCGCUCAUUUUUAGCUUGGUGGCCGCUAGCUUUUCUCAUUUUCUUACAGCCGCUAUAAACUUUCAUAUUAUUCUUCAAACGAAAUUGGUCUCCUUUGUUUUUUUAUCUCUGGCUCUAGCUCUUUCUCUGUUAUCCACGCCAAUGAAGACUUUAAAAGUAAGUCGAAAGAAAGAAUCGGCGUCGUUGUUAUUGUUUUUUCUCUCUGAAAGUCCGGUCAGCUAUGCGAUUUACUGCCGAAACGCGCGGGUACUUGAAAUGCAAAAUUUCUCCCCGGCUUACAUGAAGGGGUAGACGUACGUACGGACGAUUUUCUCAGAACCAAAAUUUCCUGGAUGCAUAGUUUACCAAAUUUUCUUACCCAUGGUGCUCCGCUGCGCACGCUUCGCGCGCGAGAGCCCCGUUAAUAAUUACUCAGGGGUAAUACAGUGCCGGUAAAGAUUUGUAGAGAAAAACAACAAAAACUUGCCAAUUUAUGGCGACAAAUGUACUUUAAAAGCGAACUAAAAUAUUCAAAACGCUCUGAUCACGUGACUGAUUACGUCAUGUCUCUCAUUUGGUAAUGAAAACAAUUAUCAGGUGGAACAUCACUUUCCUGCAAAUUUUCUCUGCCGUGUGAUGAAACUUCGACCCUCUACAGCCCUCGGCCUAGUCUCCCGACUUUUUCGCUCAUGUUCAUUACCCUCUUAAAUUUUAAAUGCCGGACGUAAACUAGUUAUUUUUAGAUGCUCCACCCAACCAAAACCUCGAAUAUGCUAUUUGUUUUUAACCCAAUAACGUCACAGCAACAAAAAAACCUAAUUCUGAAAAAGUCACGUUAGAGAUGAUGUCGUUACCCUAGAUGUGACAUGGGAAGAUAUUUUAUGGCAAAUGUUAUCUUGUUGUGGUCUGACAUUCUUCUACGUAUAAAAUUGUCAAAGUUAUAAAGCGCUUAUAAAAAAAAUUGCCCCAAAGGAUUCUGGGAUAACUUUUUUGAUAAUUAUAAUUUACUUUUAUAAUAAUAAUAAUAUUAUUAUUAUGGGUUAUAGUCCUUGGGAGCGGGUUACAACAUGUCACCACGGGUCCCAGGUCUCUCUUUUCCUUCUUGUUACAGGGACUUUCCUUAGUAUCUUUGCUGUCCCCAACAAUGCUGUUUUCUGGAUAACUUCCAACCUCACGUUUACGCCGAUUCGCUUCAUGUACUCCUUAAAGUUGACUGACACGGCUCCAAGGGCCCCAAUAACAACAGGCACUACAAUGACUUUUCGCAUGCGCCAGACUUCUGCAAUUUCUUCUUUCAAUAGUUGGUAUUUCUGUAACUUCUCAAGUUCCUUAUCUUUCACCCUGUCAUCAUCUGGGAUUGUUAUUAUUAUUAUUAUUAUUAUUAUUAUUACUGAGAACUCUACUGUUGAACUACUACUACCUACAGACGACGUUUUGGGCCUACUCAACCUCUGUUUGACUUCGACUUAACUUUCAGUACAACGACAAACACUAAAAACAGUUACACGGUGCAGCUAUGGGCUCUCCAGUUUCAGUUGUUGAAGCAGAAAUUGUUAUGCAAAAAAUCGAGGAACAAGCCCUAGCCACUUAUACCAGAACUAUACCUCUCUGGAUACGCUACGUUGACGGCACAUUCUCCGCUGUACACAAAGACGAAAUCGACGUUUUUCACGAACACCUUAACAGACAGAACGCGGACAUACAGUUUACCAAGGAGAUCGAGGAAAAUGGUAAAGUACAGUUUCUAGACUGUUUGGUCACUCUCGACGACAACAGAUUACGAACGACAAGUUACAGAAAAUCGACACAUAUCGACCGAUUACUCGACCAGUCAUCGUACAACCCGACCUCUCACAAGGCUACAACUAUACGGACUUUGACGAGACGAGCGCAACUAGUUUCCCACUCGCCUGACAUCCUACAAGACGAGACUGGCUUACUAAACAACGUUUUUAGUAAAAACAACUACAACAGGGACUUUGUUAGACGGAACACUCAUAGUAUUACUGGUUCCAACACGUAGACCAACGUCAGCUCUGGCCUUGUUGUACGAGAGCGACUCCCAUGUACACUACAGCCUUACAAUAUACGUGUUGCACACAAACCCGGCUAACCAAUUUUUGACUACUUCGUACUAAUGUCAAUUACAUUUCCUCGUCACUUUUCGUCAAUGGCCCAGCAAAAUUUGGUUAUUUUCGCAAUUUUUUUAGUUUUCGUAAUUUUCGCUGUUUCGCCGAGGGCCUUCCUUUACUUAAUUUGCAUUUCCUGGUCAUUUUCGUUAAUGGCCUUGCAAAAUUCUGUAAUUUUUAUUUUGCAAUUUUUGUAGUUUUUGUAAUUAACUUUGUUCGUUGAGGGCCUUCUUUGACCUCAUUUGCCGGUUUUUGCAGAUCUGAAGGCCAUAACAUGUGUACUUUUCCAUGCGAAAUCCAUGUGUGCAUCCAUGUGUACUUUUCCAUGCGAAAGUAGUAGUGUUUUGCUACAGUCGCAGACAUCUCCUCGUCCUCCCAAUGUUGGUUAUCGUAGUAACCUCAGCCAGUCUUGCACACCAACAUUGGGAGGGCAAGAAGACAGCAAAGUGUGACAACAAUUUUGGCCAUAGGCGCUUUUUGACUUGCACUUAAUCGUUUAACAGUGUCCUUAGAAAUCAGUUCAGAAAUCCGGAUACUGUUUUCAUUGAUACGCCUUGAAGCCGUCAUCCUGACCCUUGCAUUAUUCGUUAAGGAAAAAAUUUGGCUUCUUUCUCUCGAAUCGCCUUAUUGCUCUUUAAAGCUGUCUUAAGGUUCUUGACCACCACACGUUUCAGCUGGAAAUGUGGCACGUUUGAGCGACUCUUAAUAUAGCAAAGCCAUGAAUUUUUCUGAAAAAUAAGCACUUGCUCUUGUCACGCUAUCAGUCCCACACUUGAAAGCCAUGCUGUACACUCAGUUCUUUUUAUUUUCCAAUACUACGCUCCAAAAAAAUGUUUUCGCCAACUGGGAAUUCUCAGUGUUACGGUUGCCUUUCAGUAUUAUAUAUCAAGGCAGAAAUAUGAAAAUAACUCAGUUCACUGCUCCAGAAAGGUUUGCAAAAUCACUAUAGACAUUCCAACACACUACAACGGAUUCUUUGACCGAAUUACAACUUGGCCUCGGUAUCUGUCAAGAGUUCUUUUCAAACUCAUCAAUAAUUCAUGAAGAAAAUACAAAGGAAAUUAAAGUUAGAUGAAAAGCUGCUUAUUUUUGCAUCCCUAAUUUCUCCUUCGAAAAUCAUUUUGUUUGAGAAGUAAUAUCAAGCAUUCGACACAGUAUUUCGUCACCGUAUGAAACACGUCGAAGUUCGUCAAAAAUAGUCCACUGCGCGUCGUAUUUACAACUCUUUUCUCAGUGUUUCAUCUGUUGUUGAAACACUGCGUCUCAUGCUUCAUAUAUUACUUCAAAUUCCUUAAAUUCCUUCUCCAACACAGUCUCGGACAAAAAUAAUUGGGGCACUUCCAUCCAACGCUGUUUUUUCAGUUCUGGUCCUGCUUCUCGUCCUCCCAAAGUUGGUUGUCGCAGUUAACUCACCAAAUCUUGCACACCAUCAUUGACAGGGCAAGAAGACAGCAAAGUGUCCGAACAGUUAUGACUAAGGCCGUAGCUAUUUAACUUGUUAUGUAAGCCUUAACCACUCAGGCACUUUUUGACUCUAUUUCACUCAAUUAAAAAUUUCUAGACCGAAAUGACACCGGUUUGAAUUUCCAUGGAGUCAGAUUACUGAAUAAAUGUUGUAAAAUUUGCGGCACUUUAAAUUUGAACCCAGUGAAAUGCUACUAUUGUUGGUUUUCACAUGACGUCACUAAAAUUCAAACUUCAAAGCUAUCGAUCCUACCGAGAUUUUACUUUCAUGGUGCACUAGAGCAGCUGAAAACUAAUUUUCAAACAAAUUUUCGCUUCAAAAGGGUUCUUGGUUUUGUAAUAGAGUACGCUUGAAUUUCUAAGCUUUUGCGUGACGCAGCAUUUACAUGACGGCCGAGAGCGCUGUCAUUUAGGUUAAAAAAGUGACUUUUUUCGAGGAAUUUUGCUGUCUAAACAGUUCAACGAUUAGAAAAAGUAUUACUUUCAUGUUUACGAGUUCCUAUAGGAGUAAAUUCAAGUUUUUGUAGCAAAACUCGGUAACAGAUGUUUCUGUUGGUUUCCGUCCGCCAUGUUGGAGCUCAUCCGGAUAAGCUCCAGCAUGGCGUCUCCAUACAAUGCUCUAUAAAUUUGGGUAAAACAUUUCCUCGGAUAUCUCGUAUACGAAUUAUUCCUUCGACCCAAUUCUUGGCGAGGGUCUUUGUAUAUUUACCUCCUUUCAUUUUCCAGAUUCUGGACUUUAUCUGUCGAAUGGUUUUGGUAUUUAUUUUGAUCUACUUUGAAUGGCGUGACACUGAAAACCAGCAAUAGGGACUACCAUCUGCCCGGCGUCAGAUGAAGGCUUUUAAAUCGGUCUUUUCCAUUGUCUUUAAUUUUUCUAGUAGUAGAAUGAGUUGAAUGUCUUGCUAACCCGGUUUUCAAAAAUCCGGAUAAAUAUCCGUGUAGUGCUUUAUUAAAAAAAAGGAAGUCACAUUGAGGGAUUUCUGUGGGCCAGCGAGUGAAACCCUCCCCCCGCCCCGGGGGAAUUUGUAGACAUAUACCGUUUGAAAGCUUAGGGCAAGGAGAUUACAAAUCAGGUUGUUUGUUGUUGUUCAACUGCUGGACGUGACUGUACGGUGGCAUUUUCUUCCUAGAGCGAAAUACCACAGGGUACCCACGCUAUAAUUUUUAAGAAAAAAUACAUGAAAAAUAAAGCAAUGAAUAAAACACCGUGUAAUUGUGUCACUUAACUCUGUCAGCUGUACUGAAAUUUGCAUCGUAGCACCAUAUAUAAGCACUAAACGAGUGUACUGAGCAUGUCAUAAGUUUUUAAUAGGACAAAACCAAAUGUUGUUUUGUUUAUGCGAUAAGUUGGUUUAUCCUACUUUCUUUUCCUCUGCGUUAUUAUUUAAUAAAUGAUAUUUUUACUGUAUUGUAUGAGGAAAAAAGUCAGUGUUACCCAUAAUUUGAUUUGUUUCCCGCGCGCAUCCCAUGAUUCUUUGCCGCGCCAUGUCUUCAUAUCCGCCAUUUUGAAAUUUUGGAGAACCCGAUUCUGAUGUUGAAGGUGAGUUCCUAGUUAAUUUUUUCACACCAGAACGCCCCCUUUAGGUUAAAAACCUGUGAGAUAAACUACCUAAGCUUAAAGAAGGUAUUUUAAUUUUAAAUUCUUGCUUAGUUAAUGUUUCGUCAGUGUUAUCCAACCACAAUUGUUCUGUAGGCGAUCAGUUUGUGAUAAAGCAGACUUGAGACUUUUCUUUUACUUUUUAUGUUAAAGUUUAACGUAAUUACUUUAUUUCCUUUAAGAUAAAAUUCAUGAAUUUAAUUGUUCGCUUUUUAAUAUUUUUCCUAAAAUGAACUUAAUUUAUUCUAUUAACAACCUAUAUCUAUUUUUGUUAUUUUAUGCCGUAAGAUUUAAUGCCUAAAAUUGUUAUUUAUAAACAAUCAAAGCAACCUAUUUCCCUUUUGAAAGUAUUACGUGUUGCGUCAAGUUUUCAGCUUGAUAACAAAUGUACAAAAAUUGCUUUUCAGUUGUAGCUAUCGUCAUUAUCUUGGUUAAUGGUGAAUAUGGCUGAAAAACCACUAGAACUUAAAAGGAAAAAAUCGCAGACAGGACUGAAUUUCAAUGCACAGUCCACCACCCUAGUUAUGGAGCAUUAACCAAGGCAACUGUUCUUUCAGAGAAGAGUUUUCAGACAAUCCAGGAAAGUGCUCGAAUUAGACAAUGCCAGGAAAACCCAGGAGACAGGGAGGAUGAGAUUUGCUCUAAUUUACCUAGCGAGCUCCAUGCUCUGAGAUAUGGUUACCAUAGGCAGUGUUAUCAGCGCUUUACAAAUGUUUCGCGGCUUUUUAAGAGAAAAAAGGUAUCUAGUGAACACCUCACAGGACUGAAAGUUGCGAAAAGGCGCAGAACUGAAGAAACACUGUCUACUCCCUCUCCUUUAUUGCCUUCAGAUAGAUGCCUCUUUUGUGACAAAAACAGAUUAACUAAGAAUCGAGAAGAAAAAACGCUGGUAAAAUGCGUAACUAAGACGUCAGAAGAGUCAAUCAAAGCAGCUGCAGAAAGCAAACAAGACGAAACGAUUUUACUUAAGGUACGAGGAGUCGAUCUAGUAGCAAAAGAGGCGCAUUAUCAUUACUCCUGUCGACAAGAAUACACACGCCCAUCGAAACAGCGAUCAGGUACAGAUAGAGGCAAUCAGUCAGAGAUAGAGGCCGCCCAUCAGGCAGCUUUUGGUCAUGUUUGCGAUUUUGUUGGUGAAAGUAUCAUCUCUGGACUAAAUGUUGUACGAAUGUCUACGUUAAGAGAACGUUAUUUACAGCACAUCCAAGACAAUAAUCCUGAAUUCUAUAACCCUGAAUACAAAACUGACAAACUUAAAGAUAAAAUUAAGAAUCGUUUUGGCUCGUCAUUACAGUUUUGGCAGCCAAAUUACAAAAGUCAGCUGGUUUAUUCGUCUGGUAUACAGAAGGGUCAAGCUGUUGAGGCAGCAUUUGAGACUGCUGCAUCUGAAGCAAAAAGACUAGAAGAAACAGCUCUUAUUUUGCGAAAAGAAAUCCAGAGGUGUUAUAAAUCAUCAGGAGAAAUGCCAUGACCCCUACUACGAGUUUCCUUGUAGAUGGACCAAUUCGUCCCCCAGUGCUAUUGACAGAUUUUAUCAAUCAGAUGAUUUCUUCCAGCUCCAGAACAGAUUCUGAAAAGAAGCAACGGCUGGUGUUGUCAAUUGCACAAGAUGUCUGUAAUGCAGCAACAAAUAGCCAAUGGAUGAUGGCAAAGCACCUGCUCCUAGGCAUUUCAGUUAGGCAUCUAACUCGUAGCGUAGAGAUUAUUUCAAUGCUAAAUCGGUUGGGGCACUGUGCGUCCUACUCAAGGUUGCUUGAGCUUGAGACUGCUAUCUGCAAAGCUAUUGAUGACAGAGAAAGUACAAUCCCGUCGACAAUUUACCCGGGUAAGAAUGUAGUUACUCACCUCUGUUGAGACAGUUUUGACUUGAAAGAAGAAACGCCUUCAGGCGCAGGCACCACACAUACCGCACAUGGCAUCAUUAUUCAAGAGGUUACAGAUAUUGAUCAAGACAAUGAAGCCGAUGUCUUAAACGUUCAAGAUGAAGUACCAAAAACAAAGCGAAGGUCGAUUCAGUGUACUCCAGAACAUUACGAGCCAUGUUUUGCGAAAGAAAAAGCAGAACCGAAGCUAAGAGUAACGAACACAACAGUUGGAAAAACGCAAGCUGAGUCUCAGGCAAAAUCAUCUGAUGUUGUAUGGGUUAUCUGUCGAGCUUUAACAUCAAGACAAAGUACUCAAGUGGUCCCACCGUGGGCUGGAUGGGUUUCUAAGACUGAAACCACAAGGAAAUCUCAGCAAUCUACAGUUGACUAUAUGUCACCCAUUUUCGCCCCAAUUACUGAGAACUCCCCGGUUCAGCAUCUACUUAAGGUGUCCCAAGAAGCCUCAAGGGAGGUUCACCAACCGUACACGGUUGUGACAUUUGAUCUUGCAGUAGCUAAGAAAGCUUACUCAUUAGUAUGGCAGAAUCCUGUAGUGUUUAGCAAUGUCAUCGUUUGACUGGGCAGUUUCCACCUUCUGUGCCCCUUUCAUGUGCAUGCUUGGAAAGAUGAUGAGGUGAAGUGGGAUUGAAGAGUUUCUAGUAAAAUCUGGAAUUUGCGCCAAUGGUUCUAUCGAACAAGUGAUGGCUGGAAAGCGUUAUAAUAGAACAUUGAGAGUACACAAUUCAAAGUAGGCAGACUGCAAAUUAUCUUAGUUGCUAAAAAAUAUAUAUCUGCGUGUCGCAACUGUUCAUCAGUAGGAUGCCUAAAAUGCGUGCAAUUCCACAAUUGGUUUCGGCUCCAUUAAAUCCUAUACCAAUUGCAGAACAUUUUAGGAGGAGCCACCCACCAUGUGAGCACAGUCACGGACAAUGUAUAAGUGAGGAAAAUAACGCAAAGUAAAAUUAAGACGUUAAUAAACGAACUAAAUGUACACGUCAAUUAAAUAAAUAAACAAAUAAUGCGCGCGCUCAAAAUAAAAUUAAAAUUGUACGCGCACACGUACCGAGAUAUAUCUGAAAUACAACACAAUACAAUAAAUAAGUAAUGUAAGGAUACGAUGGUGCAAUUCAAGCCUGGAUUGCUAAUCUCAUCUCCCGCAGGGCUGCACUAUACUUCUCGACGAUAAGACCAUGGCGACUGAAGUAUUAGAGGUCUUUGAAAGCCGAUGUGGAGGGGAACUGGAUGAGCAAAGUAAAGAGUCCUUUGGUCGUCUGUCUGCUGAUCCUUCUGAAGAGAAUCUUUUAAAUGUUGUCUCGAAUGAGAGCUGUGUGGAAUUUCUGAAUCGCUACGCCAAGUUCAAAGAAGAAGCCUCUGAUGGAAAGCUAGGGAAAACAGCGCAGUUUUGGCUGAGAUACAUGGAAAAGGUGUGGCUGAUGUUGCGUUUUCUUAGAGUAACGAAAGAGAACAACCUGGAGCUACAUAUUGCCACUCUUGAACAAAUGAGCAGUAUUUUCUUUGCAUUUGAUAACCCUAACUACGCUUGUUAUACUGCGGUCUACCUACUUAUGCUCAUGAAUCUUGAAGAAUCGCAUCCUGGGGCCAAGCAAUUACUAUGAAAUAAUGGCUUCAGUGUCAACCGAUCCAGCGUUCCGGGGUAGCAGAAGUGCUGUUGACAUCACAAUCGAACAGACGAUAAAUCGCCACGCAUAGUCACAAGGUGGUAUGAUAGGCUUUAGUAGAAACCACUCUGCGUACCACAGGUGGUGCAAGACCAGGCAUACCAGAGCAACCUUUCUUCAAGUAACGAGGGAGAUGGUCGGAAUGGCUAAUUCGGAAUGUACAACACACAAGGAACUAAGGUCAUCUCAGAUCCUGAAAACAGAAGAGGACGUUUCCAGUGUCAUUAGUGCUUUCACAAAUUUUGUCAACCCGUUUGUCGUGGAAGACCCAGACUUACUCUACUGUAUUGCCUCAGGUGCGCCAGCUACAAAUGAUAUCGCACAUGAGCUUUUAACUGCAGACGAGGUGGGAGUAAAGUUACAAACUGAUUUCGUCCAAGAGCGUCUCGUUAAACAAGAAAUAGCCUUUCAUUCACCCAUCAAGAAACAAAACCUGACAACUUUUUCCAGUCUGGUAAAAUCUGUGAACGUUAGUGGCAAAUCCAAGAAAACAAAACAAAUAACCGCUGAGAGAAACGUGUCCGGUCAACUUGUGAUGCUUGCCUUUGAACAUGACAUCGACAUGAAAAGAGUCCGAAGUUAUCCAUUAGGACCCUUGCCCUGGGCACCAGCCACCGCAGAUGGCAUGCCGGCGAAGACAGACAAGGCAAAGCUGCUUCAUUAUCUUGAGGGAAAGAAUCAGGUGCAAAGGCCAACCACGGGAGAGAUCUCUUACAUCGUAGAUGGCAAUGCUGUCCUUCAGGCGAUGGUAUCGCUUCCAGGCACGUUUGGAGACAGUGUGUUUGAGCAGUUCCCAAAAGCAGAGCGUGUUGACUUUGUGAGUGAUUCGUAUCAACCCUUGUCUAUUAAAGUUGUUGAAAGGUCUCGCAGGGAAAUGUCUGCACCAGAUAUCGUCAAAGUGUCGUCAACCAAAGCACCGCGAGACUGGAAGAAGUUUCUCUCCAAUGCCGAGAACAAGAAACGCCUGUCUGAGUUUCUUCUUGAAGAGUGGCAGAAGCAUAAAUUUGCUACAAAACUGCAUGGAAGGCAAGUAGUAGUUGUCACUGAGGGAAAGGCAACGCGUCUCUCGAGUGUAAACGGAGAGCAAGUAGUGUCAGAGGAAAUAUCAGAGCUGUGCUUAACACAAGAAGAAGCCGAUACCAAGAUUAUUCUCCACUGUCAUCAUACUGCAAUGAAUACCUCAAGCAACUCAACCAUCAUAGUAAGAUCACCUGACACAGAUGUGCUAGUGUUGCUGAUCAGUCAUACACAGGGGCUGGUCCAGACUUUGCUGUUCGACGCUGGAGUAGGAAACAAGAGGCGUCUUAUUGACAUAAAGAAGAUUGCACGUGAACUUGGCGAGGGCUUGUGUCAAGCACUACCAGCCUUGGACAGCUUUACAGGCUGUGACACCACAAGCGCAUUUGUUAAGAAAGGAAAGAUCAAGCCCUUGAAAGCCCUACAGAAGCACGCCUCAUUCAUUCCGGUGUUUCAGAAUUUAGGUCAGUCUGCAAAAGUUCCCGUUGAUGCCUUCUCAAAGCUGGAAGCAUUUACAUGCAUACUGUAUGGAGGCGGAUCGAAGAAGAUCAAUUCCUUAAGACACGACAAAUUUCAAGAGCGACUAAGUGCGAGGUCUGAAAAUGGUGUCUUGUCAAGCUACAAUGGAAUUGAUAUGAGCCUUUUACCUCCAUGUUAAGGAAGCUUACAGAUGCAUAUCAUGCGUUCUAACUAUCAGGCUCUGAUUUGGCGUCACGCCCAUCAAGCGACACCCAGCCUCCCUUCGCCAGAUGGGCAUGGAUGGGACCUAACUGACGGCACAACUAUAGAAAUUGUGUGGACUGAGGGUGACUUAAUGCCGCAAGAACUAGCGGACAUCGUUGUUGAUGCCCCAAGUCAACCACGGCAGGUCGAGGUCGAGGAAGAUCAAGGCGAGCUGGAGUUUGACAACCUCUUAGACAUUAUUUUUGAGGCAGACUAGGAACAUACCAAAUCUACUGAAUUUCAGUUAAUAAAAGUCAUCUUCUGUUGCUAGUGGCGAACCAUUCAAACGAAUAUUUAUAUCAAGGUAACUAAGGUGAGGAACAACAUAUGCAGUUUCGAAACAAAGCUGCUUCCUUUGAGUUGUUUUGACUUUUAUUCACUACUAAUACAAAUCUUAUUAAGUGUAAUGCCUUGUGACAUGCGCAGUACACUCGUUUAGUGCCUAUAUAUGGUGCUAAGAUGCAAAUUUCUGUAUAGAUGAGAGAGUUAAGUAAAGUGACACAAUUUCAUGGUGGUUUAUUCAUUGCUUUAUUUUUUAUGUAUUUUUUCUUAAAACUCACAGCGUGGGUGCCCUGUGGUAUUUCGCUCUAGAAAGAAAAUGCCACCGUACAGUCACGUCCAGCAGUUUAACAACUGCAAACAACCUGAUUUGGAAUCUCCUUGCCCUAAGCUUUCAAACGGUAUAUGUCUGCAAAAUUCCCCCGGGGUGGGGGGGAGGGUUUCACUCGCUGGCCCACGGACUACAUGUAUUUCCUGCAUUUACCUACAUUCAUUGUAUGUGUAUGAUAUAAUGAUCGAGAAACCGUAAAUUGAAAUCAUAGUUUCCAUCGAAGAGAGAGAAAAUCGAUCAUAGUCUACUUAAUAUCAUUGUACAGUGUACAAUAGACUACUAGCAGUCCCCAUCGCGUCUCGCGUUUCUCGCGUGGGGUGAGUUUCACGCCCUCUCGCGUUUCGCUCGCUCUACUAUCCCUGAGGAAAAAAUGGGGCCUACUCGUAGUCUAUAAGUAUACAAUGUGUUGGCAUCCUUAUAACUGUAGGCGCAGCUUCACCCAAUAACUUUUUGUUACAUUUUUUUUUUAGACAAAAUAUGUUUACUUAUUUGCAAGUAAAAAGUUGUGAAUAAACGGAAAGCAUUAAUGUGUACUUCCAAAAAAAUAUCCAUACCACCCACAAAGGGCACUUUGCUUUAGACCCCCCACCCCUUCCCCUGGAAUUUCCAUUCCUGGGGGUGCUUGUCAUCCCCCCUCACCCGCUGGAAUUUCCAUCCCGUAUUUACUCGUAUAGACGCCGCGGCAUUUAUUUCAUUUUUCGCGAUCCACCUGCGGCGUUUAUUCGAGGGUGGCGUCUAUUCGGGGGCGGCGUUUAUUCAAAAAUCACUUUAUCAGUACUAAAUAUCGUACUACAUAUGGUAGCUUUUUUACUAGGUAACAGUAACAAAUCUCAAUAUAUAAAUGUUCAUUUUGUCCAUUCAGUUGUGAUUUUUACACAAAGUUAAACUUCUAUUUCAACAUCACUGUCCUCCUCGUGGUCGGAAUCUAACGGCUGCAGCGUUGAAAGCUUGCUCAACAGAGGAGCAGUUAUUCAUUAGAAACGCACCAAUCUUACUCAGACCCCCUGGAAAAAUACCUCUGUAAGCAACCUCCAUCCUCUCGGAAAAUGCCUCCUUUGGAUCCCCCUCCCUCGGAAUUUCCGUCGCCCUUGGCGGGAGGAGGGGGGGGUGAAUGUAUGGAUAUUUUAUGGGACUACAAAAUGUUCGAUUGCUUAAUAUAUGAAUGAUUUGUUCCACAGUCAUUGCAGGCAAAGAUAUAAACAUUACAUUGACUAUCAAAGAUGGAGACUGCUCUGACGGACGAUACAAUAAAUCUUCAUUGUCUAAAGAACUUUCUGUUACGGUAAAGUUACAACUGUAGUGGCAAAAUGGAUUUGCCAAAUACAUAUUUAUCAUUGUUUUGCUAGAGUUAUUUAGUUAAGGCAUGAAGUUUUGUUCAAGCCUAUUACUCUAGACUGAUUUUUUUUAUUUAUUUAUUUUAUUUUAUUUUUGCUAUUUGGGGACGGUGUACAUGUAUGUAAUAAUGGGAAUUGUUGACUGUGAUUUUCUUAAAACAAUUAGAGGAUAUUACAUGGCCGCGCGGAGAUGCGAAAUUUCUCUUAGAGUGUCGGAACAUAUUAUUCCUGAAUGGCUUCGAACUCUCAACUCCUUUCCUCAAGCUACGAUAUUUCAGUAGAUCUCAACUCGAACGAAUGGCGAAAGAAAGGCAUCAAGCAAACCUGGCUAAGAAACGGUACAGGACUUUAAAGAUGGGUCAGAUCGAAAAAUAUCCAGAAGUAACCGACAAGCAAGCACAGUAAGAGAGGACGUAAGCUACAAACAAAAGUUUAGCCCUUCAAGAUAGGGACAAUUAAGAUCAUGUAAACUUGAUCCUGCUAGGGAGGGUGCCCCUACAAAGUUCUAACUGCAUGUAUGGAGGUAAUUUUAACGCUGAGAAACAGGGUGCCCCUGACAUUUUGUGGCCCCCUGUAUUAUAUUCAGUUCGAAGUAAACAGUCCCCUAGUUUAGCCCGUGUACCAAGCUUUUCCGCGCGGCAUGCAACAUAUCCCGUUGAAAUGAUUGCUACACAGGCUUUCUAAACUGGACCAUAAUUUUAAUACAUUUUACUUCUGUUAAUUUCUAGAUGAGGGGCGUGUUUACUAAUGGAAGUGACUACCUCAGCGCAACCGUAAAUAAAGUCAGGUAAUGAACUCCUAACCACAUCUAAAGUACCAAUGUUUAUCUGGACUAAGGCUACAUGUAGCGUAAACUCUAGGUUUCUGCCCAUCGGCCAGUUAACUAAGUUUCUUACCGUGCUCUUUACCGAAGAAAUUUUCUUUCUCGUAAGUGGCCCCUGUUACUUCACAUAAAGAGUGGCAAGGUCUUGUCCACAUUGUUAACCCAUUCGCUCCUGGAGAUUUUGCCGAAAAACGCGUUUUGAAGCUAGUCGAGUGGUUUUCUGGUCACUGUCGUGCUAUAAAGAGCUAAAACUUACCACAAAUCGGUUUACAGGUUGUACACUUCAUGGCCUUCUGAUCCAGAUGCAAAAUAUCAGCUUGCGAAGUUCGGGCAUGCGCAGAAAGCAAAAUUUCGACAGUUUUUGGGUUUAAAAGUGACACAGCAGUCUUGACUUUUACUUUUCGCUUUCUCUCCUCCCCUCUUUUUUCGCUUUUCUUGCCUCCUUUUUUUUUCUCUUGCUGGCAUUUAGUAGGCUUCAUUUUGGUGGGAAUAGUUUUUAGGAAAGCUUUUAGGAUCUUAGGAUUAGGUGAAAGGAAAGGUAGGUGGGCAUUGGAACAUUAGAUUUUCAUGGAGAUUUUCAGGUCAAUGUUACAUGGUUUUUUGCCUCUUUCUCCGGUGUCCUUGACUGAAUUGUGCUCAUUCUGGUAUGGUUUGAAAGAUCUCUUCACUCUGCACAAGUUAGCGGACAAAGUUGUCCUUGACCGUUAAAACUGAUGACGUCACAAAGGGUAGAAAGGACGUGGAUCCGCACGGGCGGUUACGGGCGGUUCAGGGGCGAAUGGGUUAAUCAAACCUGGUAUUUUCAUCUUUACAAUUUUUGAUUACCAUGGUGCCAUUUGGACACAUUUUCAUAAUAUUUUUACAAAAAAAGAACGUACUAUAACGUGGUGAAAAUUAGGCUAUCUUUAAAAAAGGGGAAUCGGGGAAUGGGAAUGGGGAAUGGGGAACGGGGAAUCUUUAAAAGCAGGGAUCUUUAAAAUGGGGAACUGUAAAAGCGGGAAUCUUUAAAAUGGGGAAUCUUUAAAAGCGGGAAUCUUUAAAAUGGGGAAUCUUUAAAAGCGGGAAUCUUUAAAGCGGGCAAUCUUUAAAAGCGGGAAUCUUUUGUAACAUCGCCCAGAAUGCUAUUGUCUUUUGCGACAUGUACUUACAGUGCGCAGUUUCUCAAUGUGCGGAAUAAUAACUGAAUAAGUAAGCUUUCGGAAAACCAGCUAAAUACCGACUACUCUCGUAAAAGAAUCGGUAGCUGUCAAUCAAACGGUUUAAUGCGUAAAGUGUAUUAGAUCUGACUGUGUGCGACGGCCAGACAGAUAUUUGUCAAAUGCCAAAAGAAAUGAGCGGAACACUUACCUCUAUUUCAUCGUUGCGUUUCAGUUUCGUAAACCGGUCAAAGCAGUUCAAAGACAUAUAAAAGACGCGCUCUUUGCUCGAUUGGUUUUCAUUGCGUUGGUCGCGGAGUUAAAAAUAAUAAAGCGUUUUUCUAUUUGUAAGACGAAGGAGGUAUAUGACAUUUCAUUUUAACAUCAACGAGUCGGUUAGCAUUUAAAAGACGCCGCGUCUUUCUUAAUGCUUGCGGAUGAUAAUCGAGGAUGAUUCUAAAAACUCUUACUUUUGCUGAUUAUUGUAAACCGAGUUGUCUCUACCAGGCUGCAAUCCUUGCACAUUUCCAAGAUCUUAGCUGAAUGAUUUUGAAAGCGUUGGUCUUGAAAAAGUGUGAUUUUGACAAAGGUAGUGGUCUGUUUCAGCCAAUCGGUUGAAUCAACUAAAAACGCGCGCGCUGUCAAAAUUUGUUGUUGUAGUCAUGUUUUUUGUGUAUAUUAUUACCUACACAAAUUAAAAUGCAAUUAUUUUUUUUUAAAAAAAAAGCAUGAUAUCCCGGCCAAUAAUAAUCAUUAAAGGUCUGAUAAUAGUCUGUCAUGGUCUCCUGACCCACGCUGGCCUCUAGAGGUUUUUAAAAUUUUAAUUUUCCGACGAGCGUCUACAUACUUCCUUCAAGACUGAGCGAUCUGUCCCAAAAUUAAUCUGCAAGUUACACUCCGAAGCGAGAAAUUAUAAAUAUCCCCCUCCCUUUUAUACGGAAGUCCUCCCCCGAAACCAUCUGACUCUACCUCUAAACUUGCAAACUGGAAAGGGGCCUGGGUAGCAAUGGCGUAAGACGUGUCCUUGAUCCGUCCGCCACAUAUUCUUUUUUUCCCGGGUGGUAAAUGGAAGAACUGUUGAAAAAGAUCUUGGAACGGAAAAGAAACGAGCGUUCCUCUUCAGAGGAGUCGAGCACUUCACCAGAAGCAAAAAAAGCGAGGAGUGAUGAAGUAAACUCUCCUGAAGAAGUCGAGGAGCACGAGGUUGAAGACGAAAUCUUUACGGUUUUAAACAUGGCCGAAGGCUUUCAUAAAACUUUGGAGGAGAUAAAUCGAAAGCUGGAAAAGCUAGACGCUAUCCAAACAACAGUAAAUGAUGUCCAAACGUCCCUUCAAAAAUUGGAAGGAAGAAUACAGAAGCUGGAAUAUUCGCAAACAACCGCCGGCCACGACAUUGAUAACUUGAAAGAAAGCUUAAAUAAAACUGAGAAGCAACAGCAGAAUUCGACAGCGAGCCUAAAAUUUUACCAGGAGAAAACAGAUCUCGCUCUAACCGAUUUGCAGAAGAAAAAUGAUGAUUUAGAGGCCUACUCGAGGCGGGAAAAUAUAAUUUUUGAAAAUAUUGUGCAAGAAACAGACAAAAAAGACACUGAAUUAGUUGUUCGCACCUUCCUCGAGACGGAAUUAGGAUACAAAGAUGCAAGCACCGUUGAAAUACAGAGGGUUCAUCGCUUAGGAAAGAAGAAGGAAGAAAAGCCCAGGCAAAUUAUCGCAAGGUUCCUCCGCUAUAAGAACUGUGAAGAAAUUCUAGCUUUGGGCUCCCGUUUGCGAGGAAGCAGAUUUAAAAUGUAUCAAGAUCUACCCUACGAAAUAGUAGCAAGCAGAAGAAAGCAAAUGGACACUUUUAAAGAAGCUAGGAAAAAUAACAUCCCUGCAUCUUUUAGUCGGGCACAACCGGAUAAGCUCUUGAUAAAAGGUAAAAUUUGGUCAGUUGGUAAACCUCUCAAGAUACCAGGAUAGGUGAGAGUGCUUCUUCAUCAUGUCAUUACUCAUUAGGUAACCAAGAUCACGUUAGUAUCGUUUGACCACAUUUGCCACCCGUUAUUAUCAAUUGCUAGAUAAUUAUUUAGGCGAUCGGAAUAGAGGUUCGUAACUGAUGGCGCUUCGGUUUUUCUUAUCUGUCUGUAAGAUUCUAGGUAAAAGUCCUAGCUUCCUCCCCCAUGUCCCUUUACGAAGAGGUUUCUUAUUUAGUUGUGUUUAUCUGUGAAUGUUCUGUUUGGUUUCUAUGUUUUAAUUGCUUAAUCAUUUGUUUUAGAAGUAAACACCUAGUACAAAUUCCUAUCACACCGUGCAGCGAUUGUGGUGCUUUGACACCAGGUGAUGUAAGGCUUCCUCUGCAAAGCUGCCUAAGAGAAUAUCUAUGGCUUUGACAAUAGCAUCACUAAACGUCAGGGGAUUAAGAGACAAUACAAAGCGUAGAGAGGUGUUUAAUUAAAAAAAAAAUUACUCGGCAUAUAUGCUACAAGAAGUCCACUGCACAGAAAAUACUAAUCACGUAUGGUCUGCUGAAUGGGGCUAUCAAGCUAUUUUUAGUACUUAUAAGAGCAAUAAAGCAGGGGUAUGCAUUCUUUUCCACAAAAACUUCGAUUUUCAAAUAGAAAAAACUUACACUGACCCCCAAGGACGCUUCAUUAUUUGCGACAUUAAAACCAAUGAAAAGAGUUUUACUUUAGGGAACAUAUAUGCUCCUAAUGAAGACAACCCAACUUUCUUCCUUGACUUCUUUGAUCACCUUGCAGAUUUCAAAUGUGAUGAUAUUAUUAUAGGAGGCGACUACAACCUUGUACUGGAUUUAGAGACGGACAAGAUGGGUGGUCUUACUAAAACUCACCAAAAUAGUGUUAAAGUUGUUCAAGAAUUCUCUGAGAAACUAGAUCUGGUAGACGUCUGGAGGAUUCUACACCCAGACACCAGUAGAUUUACCUGGAGACAACGUCAUCCAAAAGUACACUGUAGGCUCGAUUUUUUUCUAGUAAGCCAAAGCACAGUUAACAUCACGACCCUCGCAGAUAUCGUCCCAGGUUAUAAAACCGACCACUCAAUGACUACGUUAUGCUUAUCACUACAUUCAAAUCUACGUGGACCAGGUUUCUGGAAACUAAACACAUCUUUUUUAACUGAAUUGGAUUACGUAAACCAAAUUAAAACAACGUUUCAGGAAACACUCGAGUACAAAAAUGACGAAUCGGUAAAUCCUUCACUUCUUUGGGAAAUGAUAAAGCUAAAAGUGCGCGAAAAAUCGCUCCGCUACUCCAAGAGCAAAACAAAGCAAGCUAAACAACGCGAAACAUUUCUGGAACAAACAAUUGCCAGAUUAGAAGCGGAUCUCGAUAAUAAAAACUCCGAUGAAAUGCACUCCUUACACCUGGAGGAACAAUUGAAUGAAAGCAGGCUUGAGCUUGAAAAGAUAAUUGAAAUCCGCACCAAAGGCGCAAUUUUGAGAUCUAAGACUAAAUGGUAUAAUGAAGGAGAGAAAAACACCAAGUAUUUUCUUAAUUUAGAAAAACGACACUACAAGCAAGGGACAAUAAGUCAAAUUAAAAUAAACGAUAGCGAAUUUGUCACCUCGGAUAAAAAAAUAUUAACUGAAUGUGUGGCGUUCUAUAAAAAUCUCUACUCAUCCAAAGGUAACACAUACGACCAAGAUGAUACAACUGUUUUCUUUGAGGGUGGUGAUGAAAGAGCCAUUGACGAAUAUGAAUUAACUUCGUGCGAAGGAGUUUUAACUGAAAAAGAGUGCCUUGAGGCUUUAAGAGAUAUGGAAUCAGAAAAGACCCCUGGGACCGACGGCCUACCAGCCGAAUUUUACAAAGUGUUUUGGAAAGAUGUAUCCAGCACCCUAAUUAGCGCACUGAACUACGCUUAUGAAACUGGAAAACUCUCAAUAACCCAGAGAAGAGGAAUUAUCAAACUUAUCCCUAAGAAAGACGCAGAACCGUUCUUUAUUAAGAAUUGGAGACCCCUAACCCUCCUGAACAGCGACUAUAAAAUAGCGGCAAAAUCAAUUGCUAAUCGCUUGAAACCUCUCCUCCCUGAUCUCAUUAAUUAUGACCAGACUGGCUUUAUAAGAGGUCGUUUUAUCGGAGAAAACAUCCGCCUUAUCGAUAGCGUUAUUUGCUACGCUAAAGAAAACAACAUACCAGGAUUACUUUUGUUUUAAGAUUUUGAAAAAGCUUUUGACACGAUAGAAUGGCCUUUCAUUAGGAAAACCUUUCAACAUUUUGGUUUUGGUAGUAGCAUCUUAAAAUGGCUAAACAUUUUCUAUUGCUGCCCAGAAAGCUGCGUUUUGAAUAAUGGUUGGGCGAGCGAUUUUUUUGAAAUCCAAAAAGGUGUAAGGCAAGGCUGUCCCCUUUCACCUUAUCUGUUUGUUCUGGCAGUAGAAGUUUUAGCUAAGGCAAUUCGUGAAAAUGAAAGUAUUAAAGGGAUCUUUGUAAACGGUAAAGAAAUAAAACUAAGUCAGUAUGCGGACGAUACAACUCUUAUGCUAGAUGGAACAAAGGAAUCGUUAAUAGCCUCUCUCAAAACACUGGACGAUUUUUAUGAAGUCUCUGGCUUAAAACUUAAUGACAAAAAAACAGAAGCCUUUUGGAUUGGGGCAAAUUGUAACAAAGAUGAAAUAUCAAUUCUCGGAAGAAACUUUAAAUGGCCGAAGUGUAAAGUUAAAGCUUUAGGUGUCUGGUUUUCAAACGAUCCGGAAGCAACUGCAACUUUAAAUUAUAAUGAAAAACUAGAUAAGGCCCGGAAUGUUUUGAGCUGCUGGAAAUACCGUAGACUUACCCUAGUUGGAAAGAUAACGGUCCUAAAAAGUCUGGUUGCCUCUCAGCUCGUUUAUGUGCUCUCACCUUUACAUACAAAUGUGAAAAUUAUCAAAGAAGUAAGCAAGUUAUUUUUUUCAUUCCUCUGGAAUGGAAAAGGAGAUAAAAUCAAACGAGACAUUAUACCAAACGAUUAUGCUAAUGGAGGACUUAAAAUGAUAGACAUACAGUCUUUUAACAAGUCCCUGAAAGCUACAUGGAUUAAAAAAUAUCUGGAUGAAGAGAACCAGGGAAAAUGGAAAUAUUUUUUUGAUAUAGAGUUAGAGCGAUUUGGAGGCACAAUAGUCCUCACUAGUAACUUAAACAAGAAAGAUACCAUUGAGAAUCUCAAGAUUAAGAAUAACUUUAUAAAAGAGAUACUUCCAAUCUGGGCGGAAGUCAAUUUUGAUGAAAACAUAACGUCCGAGAAACAAUUUCUUGAACAAACUUUAUGGCACAACUCACUCAUUAGAAUCGAUAACUGUCCCGUCUUCUAUCGUGAAUGGUUUGAUCGAGGCGUUACGAAAGUGAAACAUUUGAAAGAUGAACAUAACAAAUUUUUAUCACUAGCUGAGCUGCAGCAAAAAUACAGCCUCUAAGUUUGUCUUUUAAAGUAUUUCGGACUAGUGUCUGCUCUAAAAUCCUGACCCACGCUGGCCUCUAGAGGUUUUUAAAAUUUUAAUUUUCCGACGAGCGUCUACAUACUUCCUUCAAGACUGAGCGAUCUGUCCCAAAAUUAAUCUGCAAGUUACACUCCGAAGCGAGAAAUUAUAAAUAUCCCCCUCCCUUUUAUACGGAAGUCCUCCCCCGAAACCAUCUGACUCUACCUCUAAACUUGCAAACUGAAUUUCUUGUUCUUCUCUAAAAUAAAAGAGCUUUUUGCCAAACUUUUGCAAAAAAAUCGAGAAUUUGCUCAAUUUUUCUUGGCGGUCGUUCUUAAAAGACUGUGGUUACCACGGCUGAGCUAGUACAUUUUGUAGUUCAUUCAUCUGUAACCUGCGAUCCGGUUUACCUUUCAAAUAAUAAAAAUCAAACAGACCCCCGGUUGUCGCAUGCAGUAAACGGAAGACUGAGGAGAAUUUAAUAUUUGAUGACAACUUUAUACAGUGCUCUACAGAGAAAUUCUCAUUUUUUGCGCAGCAUUCUGGAGGGAGUAUUCGUGUAUUUGUAGCCACUACGUGCUUCGUUUUACCUGUUUACAACGUGUGGUUGUACUGUUGUCAUGGUAAUUUUAACUUACAACGUCAAGGAAGAAAGUAAUCAAAACGUAGUUAACUCGAAGCAAAGCGCUAACUAGAGUUAGAAUUCAUUUUCCUUGGGUUCAAAUUUUUGUCUAGAUGACCGCCUCCCCUCCCUCCCCCCCUUAUCUGAAGGUCUGGAUCCACUGCUGUACAUUAACCUAGACAGAAACACACGCAAAAGUACAUAGUUUACAGUCAUGUUUUGUUUUACAGUUGUGUUCCUCUUCUUCUUGUUCCGGUUGACCGUUAGCACAAUGUGUGUAAAUAUGGUUUUCGAUAGUAGUGGUUAAAAACCUAAAACUGGAUUUAUCUUUGGGACAAUUUAAUGUAGAAAAAGGAAAACAUAUAUUGCUGUUGUUACUGUUACUGUUGCUGUUAUUGAAGGUCGCCCGAGACAUAUCUUACGGUACCUCAUUGUUAUAUUAUUAUCUUCUUUACAUGUUAUAGAUGAUAUUUAAAAUAAUAUUUAUGUCGUCGUUGUUUCAAAUUUGUGAUUCACUUACCUUCAUGUUGUCGUGGUUUUAAAAUUCCCCGGGGAAAAAUUCCUUCAUGAAAUGGGUUUUCUCGAAUUCAAGAAAAUGUGCUAAAAGUGAAUAGCUGGAAUAUUUGGCUUCGAAUGAUUAAUAAAGCUGACAUUAGUCCAACUUAACAAACAGUGUCCUUUUGUUCUAAAUAUUUAAAGAUUCCCGCUUUUAAAGAUUCCCCGUUUUAAAGAUUCCCCAUUUUAAAGAUUCCUGCUUUUAAAGAUUCCCCGUUUUAAAGACUCCUGCUUUUAAAGAUUCCCCAUUUUAAAGAUUCCCGUUUUUAAAGAUUCCCCAUUUUAAAGAUUCUCGCUUUUAAAGAUUCCCUAUUUUAAAGAUUCCCGCUUUUAAAGAUUCCCCGUUUUAAAGAUUCCCGCUUUUAAAGAUUCCCCAUUUUAAAGAUUCCAGCUUUUAAAGAUUCCCCGUUUUAAAGAUUCCCGCUUUUAAAGAUUCCCCAUUUUAAAGAUUCCCGCUCUUAAAGGUUCCCCAUUUUAAAGAUUCCUGCUUUUAAAGAUUCCACGUUUUAAAGAUUCCCCGUUCCCCAUUCCCAUUCCCCGAUUCCCCGUUCCUUGUUUUAAAGAUAGCCGUGAAAAUUAGGUCGUCAAAGUGGCAGGCUAAACAAUUGCUACUUUCCUUGUGAAUUGACCAACGGUAGAAGGAAGCCCAAACUCAGUUGAUUGCUUGAAUCUUUAAUAAUCUUGCUUUUGUUCUUACAGAUGUGGAAGUGUGAUUGUCGAUCUCACCCUGAGUUUUAAUACCACUGUUACUGAAAAGCGGGUACUAACUAUACUUAAGGACGCCGCAAAGGAUGGGAAACUUGGAAAUUUCAAUGUAGACGCUUCAUCCAUCAAAGGAACUCGACCAGAAUUUCCAGUUACAACCCGCCCAUUCACUAAAACUACGCAAACGCCAACUGAUGGUACGAUUUUGAGCAAAAAGUGUUUUCGUUUGACAUAAUUUAACCUUGAGUUAUAUAUUUGAAUGGCCCACAUGUUCAACUAAACACUGUUCUGGCCAUCUGAGGCUCUUGUUACCUCUUCACUUGCAUCUAAGGUGGUGGCUAUGUGGAAUAAGCUCAUGUUUAAUUUCCACACUGUAUGACCAACCAAUUUCCUGGAACUGUCUGGAAAUAUCAAAUAUUCAUGAACUGGGUUAACUUCACCACACAGUUUGUUUUGAUUUUUGUUUUCUCUUUUGAUCAACAUAGCCUCCUCUUUAUGUUCUCUGUCAACACAGUAAUUUUUCGGGAGUUAGUAUAACUCCAAAAAUGGAGUAAAAAUUGUAGGUACAGGAUAACCCCUUUUAUGGGGUUACUUUAACUUCAAAUUUAACCCCAAAGUUGGGGUCAUUUUUACUCUUGAAAAAGAGUUCUUUUAACUCCAAGGCUGCAUGGAGUUAAAAUAACUCCGAAAAUUGGGUUAAUUUUUCUCCUUGCAUGAGUUGUUUUUACUCUUUUUGGAGUUACUUUAACUCUGAAAGUGGAGUAAAAAUUUAAGGUACAGGAUAACUCCUUUUUGGUUUUUUUUUAACUCCUCAAUAUCUGGGGGGAUUUUUACUCCUGAAAAAGAGUUCUUUAAACCCCUUUUUGGAUUUAAAAGAACUUCUCCCCCCAAAAAAAAUAACUCCACUGUAAGGAGUUAAAUUAACGACACAAGAGGAGUUAUUAUAACUCCUUGAAAAGUACUGUGAAGCGCUGUAGAUAAAGUCUGACGUCGGAAAGGCUUAACAUACUCUGCCUUUUCAUAUUUUUAGCUAGACCUUUAUGACUUAAGCGUAAAAGAUACCGCUUAACAAUGAUCCGCACUUCACUUUUACUUGAGGUGGGAACUCCUCGUUCCCCUCACCAUUCCAUCCCUCCGGUCAAGCACGCGCACUUUCAUAUAUAAGCUCUCUCCCUUAGUUGCAGUAACUACGUCUGUAGAAGUAUGUCUAUAUUCACUGAAAUAGUAUUGAGCCAAUAUGGUAUCAGCGAAGUAAAUCAAACUAAAUAAAUAAGAAGUGUCGACUCGUUUGAUUUCAGAUGAUUAUGUUACGAUCAUCAUUGCUGUCGUUGUGUCUGUUGCUGUGGUUGCUAUCAUUGUUGGAGUGGCUGUGUUUUGUGUGUAUAAGAAGAAAAAGGACAAGAAAAACGAUAACAAGGGUUAGUAUCUAAUCAUGUUAAAUGUUGUGGGAACGCACUAAAUUUCAGUGAAGCGAUUAGUUAAAAUCUCAGUUUUCUAUAUUAUUCGGAGAAACAGUUGAGGUUUUGAAGCUUUCGCUUCUACAGCAGAAGCUUCUUCUGCGAAUGAAAGUUUUAAAAGAUGGCUUUUCAAAGCAAAAGCUUCGAAUAGAAAACCAUUUUGCCGAACUGGCACACUUAAAUUGCAUUCGGGAGAAAAGGAUGAAUUUGUAGCUAGAAUUUAGCUCCAAAUGCUUUAAAAAUAGUUUAUGUCUAAAUAUAAACCAUUUGGUACAUGUAUGUUAAGACACACUUGAAACUUUAUAAAAUAAAUGUAACAAGACAUAAAAAAGGUCACUUUGAAAAAAGGAAGAUAGUUGCAGAUUGAUAUUACUUUUGGGUAUCUGUAAUAUGAAUAUUUAGAAGUUGACAUAAAUGAUGAUACAAAAUAAUACUUAAAAUAUUAGGGAAUAAUAAAGUUUCAGCUUGAGUUAGUUUAAGCAUAAAAAUAAUGGUCAAAUUAAUUAAAUUAAUUGAUUAAAUUAAACAAACAACAACAACAUUUUUUCAAGCUAUUGUAACACAAUUUCCCGAAAAGGUCAGUGCGAUCUGAUAUGUCUUCAUGUAUAUAGGCAAGCGCACAGAUGGUAAUGCAAGAGUAAUUGUCCCGUGGAAACCAAACCGCCAAGAAAAGGUUACAGCUUAAUAACCAAGUACUUAAGUCUUCUAAAGUCAAGAAAUUUAGUUAAACUUUUCCACCUCACUACACUGAAUUCGAUCUAAACAUGGAUUCAGUUAUUAAAUAAAUACUUUGCUCUCAGCUUUGGUUCAGCAACCGUGUCAUCUGGUAGCAUCUUGCAGACCUCAAAGAUAAUACCCUAGCGUAUUGCACUUUGCACCGAAGAAGUAAGUUCGAUUAUUUUGCGGGUGUUUUUACCAACUCUGAAUUGAUUAAAUGUUUGAAGCUUAUCAUCAUUUGCUGUACAGGCAUCAAUAUACAGUAUAGUUAUAAGAUUGUAAAGUGCAAACUACCGAAAAAGGCGCUAUCCAGCGGAUUAAUAAUGGUAACUCCAAUUGCGGCUUUUAGUUUGUAGAGUUUUUCUUCACCUUUGAAAUUUGUCUAGCAGAGUUCUAAUGUUUCUUUCUUCUAAUGCUUGGUUUGUGCAUUAGCUCUAAAUAGCGCUGUUGUGAAGGCAUUCUGGACCAUGCAACGGACUGUGAUUGGCCAAAAAUCGCGCCUUUGGAUUGUGUCAGUUCCAUUUUAGACAACUAAAAGAACUGAAUCUUGUUCCACUAAAUAUGGUUGCACUUUCUUUGAUGAGACAGUUCCAUUUUUAUUAUUAUUUUUUUUAAAUAAAGAACACAACCCACUAAUUAAAAAUCCACUUUAUUUUCAACCGUUACGAUUUGCCAAUCAGGACGUUUCCUGGUCCAGACACGCUGAAAUCGUUGGAGCACUGAAUAAUGAAACUCUCACAAGUUACUAACUUAAAUAUAACAUAACCGGCGCAUCACUCAUAGACUGUGCACUUCAGAAAGUUGUGGUGCGUUAAUCAAUGUCCCAAAAUUAUUGAAAAUAAUAGAUGUUUAAUUAAAGGUUAAUUUAGUGUGUUAGACACCUGGCACGAAACGUCAGCUAAAUUAAAGGGAAAGAUGCUGUGUUUGUCUUAAUGAAGUAAUUACUAUGUUAACUUUGGCAACUUAUAUUUAAUGCAACCAAACAGAUAAAGUGAGAAAUAACAAAGAAACAACUAUUGUGAGGCAUUCUGUCGUGAGAGAUUAAACUAAAAAGCCUCGGCAUAUUUCACUGCAUGGCCAAGAAGAACGCAUAUCUUCCUCCUGAAAAAUUUGGAGGGUAGCAAUAUGUGAUUUGGAAAGAUGACCAGGCUGUUGUCUUGACGCAUGACAUACUUCACGGUUAUGAUACAACUUAGCCGCUAAUUGGAUCACGUGGAUCAAAUUCAAAAGGUCCAUGCCACACUAAUGAAAGGUGAGAAUCUUCAUAAACACAUAGUUCUAACUUCUUAACCUGUAAUCUGUUGUUGUGACGCGGACGGGAUAAGCCUGGCCUUUUGAGGAGUUUGUUGUCACGCGACAGCCUGGUAGAGGCGCUUAUCAGCCCACCGAUUGUACGUUUCUAGUACGUUUGAGGAAAGUUUCCAGUAAUUAAACGGAGAUUUUGAAGUGCUCAGAAGGUAGGAGUGAGGUGCAGCUUCAAAUGAGCAGCACUUGCGAUAAGUACAUGUAAUACUAAAAUUUAAAUCACUGCUUAACGUUAAUACACAUAAAUUAUUCAUUUAGGAAUUAAAAAAUACGUGAAAAAGCCAGACAGUUAACGAUAGAGCAUGUUAAAUAUAGGUCAGUCGAUUUAAAUAAUAACGUUUUUGCAUUUAAAAUGAACGUUGUAGAAGAAAUAGCAAGUUUAAAACUUGAUUUUGUAUUGCCAUUACCGUCUUGAUAUCAUUCCAGCUGAAUGUCUAUUAUUUCACUGGGGAUAAGUGUAACACUAUAAAACCUGUGAUGAAAUUUCAAUGAUUUUUUUCUCUAUGCUUACCAUGAAGCUAAAACAAAUGUGUAAAUACGUAUAAAUUUUAGAGGUUGUUAUAAACAGCAUUUUAGAUAAAGAGAGUUUCAAUAAACUAUAAAAUUAAACAUACCAACGUGUUGUUUUUCCAUUUUUGAUAGUAAAAGUGAGUCAGUGUACAAAGAUAAUGGAUAGUUUUGUUCUGGUUUUUGUUUUGUGUUUUUUUCCUGUCCUCUAAAUCUAAAUCUCAGCCCCUCCCAUUUUAUUUUCCACAGUUUUAAUUAUCCUUAUGGGCCAACGACUCAUAUUUUGAAGUAAAUAGUGCAAGCGAUGGGGUGAUUUAAAAAAAUCAGUGAAUCUAAAAAUUAAAAAAAGAAGUAAUUCAAAAAUUUAUUAUAUAAAAAUAAUGAGAGGCUUGUAAAGAAAUUCAUUUUUACGCCCACGCCAACCGCCUCCUCCUCUCCAAAAUCAAAUGGCGGGCCCCGAGGAACGCUGAAAUGUUGCAGUGUCUUUGCUAUCUGUGCUAUGUGAUUGACUAAAUAGCAUUCCGCUACUAACUUUGUUAACCUAUCAGGAGUAUAAAUAAUAUUUAAGUUAGUGGUAUAUUGCAGAAUUACUUGAGCCACUCGAGCGCGCGAUUAAUGAUAUUCUCAUACCGGCUGGUACUGACCAGUAGAGCGCGACCUCUUUGGUCGCCCUGUGCGCAUGGGAGGCCUUGGAUUUACAGAUCCUGUAUUGACCUCAUCUUCUAAAUACGAGGCUUUACUCAAAGUUUACUAAUCCGCUCGUGAGGCGAAUUGUUCAGUAAGAGCACCAGCCACCAGAUGCCUCAGAAAUUCAAAAAUUCAGACACUCCAACUGAGCAAACGAAAACAAAAAGACGAGUUUCUAAGUGAGAGGCUGGAGCAGGUGAAGAAGUCCCUGCCGACAAAAGCUAACCGAGCUGGUGAGUUACAGAAAAGGGAUCAUCAAAUUGGCUGCCCGUGGCUCCCCUGA